GUCCCGAAGGCAAGGGCUGCUUAGAGGCGCGUCUGCGUCUCCUGGCGAGCAUCUCUCCGGGCAGCUUUCGUGUGCGUGUGCGGCUCUCCCCGCGCUGCCUGUGCGUGUCGGGGGCGGCCCCUCGGCCCGAGCAGCCAAUCGCGGCGCGAGGAGCGCGCCCUGGGUGGGCACGAGAGCGGCGGGGCGCGCGCAGCCGGGACGGAGCGAGAGAGGAGGUGGCGGCGGUGGCAGCGCGGCUGGCAGAGGGGACCGCGGGACCGGAGGAGAAGCCGGCAUGGAGCCCAACAGUCCCCGCAAGAUCCAGUUCACGGUCCCGCUGCUGGAGCCGCAUCUCGACCCGGAGGCGGCGGAGCAGGUGGGUGGCCAGGACCUUGCCAGGCGGGCAGCUGGCUUAGCUGUGCGCGGCGUAAAGGGGUUUUCUUUUCUCCCCCACCCCCCCGCUGAGAUCUGGAGUUACAGCUUCGCCCCGGGACCUCUUUGUCUGGGUUAUGUGGGCUUCCCAUUCUUAAGCGCCCUUUUGAAGUCACCGUGCGGCUCCCGAUCGCCGCUCCUCCCCAUCCAGUAGGAUGUACUGAAGUGGCUUUUGGAGCGUCUCUGAGCAUAUGCAGAAUGCUUUCCUCUCUCCAUCGUGGCUCCCCUCGGUUUUGAACCUGUGUCCUCGGUCGGGUUUUCAGCCCUGGCAGCUCUCGUUUGGGAAACUGCGAUGUCCCGGUGGUGUUUUCCUUGGCACCGCAUGUGCCAAGGAACGGGGACGCAGUCGGGGCAGGUUUCUCCUGUAUGUGCCCCCACCCCAAACCCUUCUCUCAAGAGGAGCCUCUCCUGGAGGUCAUGAAUUGGGUUUACUGUGAGGGUUGAGCAUCCUCUUCCUCCUCCGAGUAACCCAACUCCACAGAUGUAAAGGUGGCAUAUCUUGUGGCAUCGCAAUGGGACGUGCUCUGGGAUCUGGGAUCUGGGUGGUGAGCUCUGUGGGACUUCUCCAAGCCCUGGAGUGGGGUGGGUCGUGGUGGGUGGGUUGAGCACUGGGGAAGGGGCGGGAUUGUAGCUUGUGGGUGUGGUGUUUGUCAUUUUCGUCACUGGGCUUUCAGUCAUAUGUAGGUCACUUUAAGGAAUUGGGGCUGUGGCAGGGAAAUCUGGGGUGUUGCAAGGUGCUGCCCCCAAUGUGGAGUGCUUGGCUCUGGGGGGUGGUUUGGGGUGAAAGUGCAAGCGCUUGGGCUGUCCUGUUCUCAGGUUUGCACUGAAAUGCCAGGUGGUUAUAGGGAGUUGUGUAGCACAUGCUUAUUAGGGUGCUAACAUACAUCUGUAACAAUACCAUCUUUCUAGGCUUAUUACGUCCGCCAAAUAACUCCCUUCACUUUUAAUAUUUCUUCUGAUUUCUCUUAGAUAUCAGGGAUGCUUUGUCAAUGAGCACUCUUGAACUGUGAUCACAUCUGCUGUGUAGCUGGAGGCUAGUUAGUUAUAGGUUGGCUCUCCUGUGGCGGUGAGGUUGCAGGCUGAAAGGAUUGUCCGUGGGUGGCUGCUGUGCCAUUUUAUUGGGAGGGUGAUGAAAAGCGGGGCUCGCUGUUUGAAUUAAAUUAUGAGAGAUUGCAGUGGAGGUUUGGGAUCCGGACACUCUUGCUCUGGGAGGUAUUGUGUAAUGGGAAAUAAAUGGGGAGAUUUUAAAACAGUGCAAAGGAUGGCAGGGCACCUCUGACUAUAAGAGUUGAUGGUUAAAGUGGAAUAAGAGUGAUUUAAAUGUAUGGUGUGGAUGUGACCACUACUAUUAAAAGUGCUUGGGAACCUGGUGCUCUCUUGUGCCUGGCCUAGGGUUUUCACACACACACACACACACACACACACAUUAACUGACCCUCUGCUAAUGCACUUUUUCAAGCCGCUUGCUAUGAAGACAUAUCAAGUGUUGAUGUUCAUCUCCAUGCUGUUAAAAUCACCAGCUGCUGAUGUCUGCAGGUGAAGUGGCUGUUAAAAAGCCAGAGGCAGGCCACAGUGGCCCUUUCCCAAUCAGUUGGCAACCUUCUCCACCAUUGGAAGCCCUUUAGGAUAUGUCACUUCUGCAUUCUGUGCAGCACCUAGCACCCUGUUGGUACCAAAUGUUAGGCAUAAAGAACUGAGAUGUAUUAUGUAGUUGUGUUUGGGUUGUUUGGAGGUGCAAGAUCAACUGACCUAUAGCAUGUAUGAGUUGUAUUUGGAGAGAGAGCUUGUAUUGUGCAGAGAAAGCAUGGCUGACCAAACCCAGUAAGCAUUACAGGUGACUGCCUGGGACUUCAGAAAUCCAGGAUAAUGGGAUGGGCGGGGGGGAUCCUCUAACAGGCCUGUUUCAUGCUCUCUUCUAGUACUUUUGUCUGGCUAAAGCACAUCAUUGAACUGUGGUGACGUCCUUGGCUGGAUAGAAUGAGGAAAGAAGUGGAUGUGUAUAAACCUCUGAGUUUUGCAUGGAUGUAAUCUAUCUUCUUGUUAAAAGUCAAAUCCAUUGCUCUGCCUUCAUUUUGCCUCUGGCCACACCCACCAUUGCCAUGGGGCCUCUGAAGGGUUGCCCCUAAUGGAAGUCCUCCCUUGGGUUGAACAAAAUUUCCCUGCUGCUGUUAAUUCUCUUGUAUGGAACCUGCUUCCCAAUACUGGAAGUCUAUAUGUACAAUUUACUAUGUUUUAUGUAGCUUUUCAGAUAUAUACUCUCUCACAAAGUGGCACUGCCGUCAGGCUUCCAAAGACACACAAGAGAAGGGAAGAGGAGGGGUAAAGAAGCUGAAGAAGAGCAGUCAUUUUAAGGCUAGAAAGAAGUGGUAAGCCAUAAGUGGGUUCUGUUCACAUGCAUGGAUCAAGCAAAAGAGAUCAAGCAAAACAAGCUCUUGUUGUUGUUUUUUAUAAGAUAUUUAUUGAAAUUUUCAAAGUAUUACAAAAUAAAAUAAAAGCAGUAGAAAGUACAAAAUAAAAAUAGUUAACAAAGUAGAAAAAGAAGAAGGAAAAAAACAAACCCCUUCCAACCAUAUGAAUACAAAUUCAAAAAUAAGAAAAAGUGACCAAAGAAAAAAUACAAAAAUACAUCACAAACAAUUAAAAACAUUUAAAAACAAAUUCAUUAUUCUCAAAUCCUCAACUGUCAUUACCUUCUUUCUUUGACCUCCUCCUCCUCCCUUUCUUUGUAUCCUAGUUAUUAAUUAUCCCAGCAAAUCCUUUCCAUAUUUCAUAAUAUUCUGUCAUUACAUUACCCUAAACUGUUUUAAUCUUAUCUUACUAUAAUAAAAUAAACCUUAAAACUUAAAACUUAAAUCUUAUCCUUACCCAUUUCUCAUAACCAAAAUAUUCUUUCAUAAUUCUUUAAACAUCUUUACUAAAGCCAAGUAAUUUCAUUCCAACAUUUUUCUGACAUUCAUCAAUUUUAUAAAACAGUUCUAAUGGUAGAAAAAAGAGAUACAAACAGAUCCAAUCUUCAUCCAACGUCCCUUCCUCCUGGUUCCGGGUUUUGUCAGUCCUUAUUAUCCCGUCGAUCUAGCCCAUUAACCUGGCAGCCUUAUAUCCGAGGCCCUCAAGUCUCUUCCAUGUCCCUUCUGCAGCUCUUCUUCAUAUUUGUAACUGUAUUUUCCCUUGUCUCCUGCUCGUGGUAACUCCAGCUUGACAAUAUUUUUAACCCUUCUCGACAGAUCAGCCCCUUUUCCAUAUUCAACACUGAAUUCCAUAUGGUAUUUAAAAGCAUGUUUCAAAGACCCUCCAAAAUUAAAAUUAAGAGCCCCCACAAUCCCAAACAUCUCACGGCCCAUUGCCAGAUUUGAAAAGUCCAAACAUCCCAGCAUAGGGGGGUCAAUCCAGCCCCCCAUUUCCAAGCCAAACCAAACUUUUUCUUUCCAAAUCUGGCUUUUUCCAAGUUCAUUUGUCAAAUCCGAAAACUCAUAUUCCUGUUGGGCCUGUUCUGUCAGGACACACUCCUGAUUUAAUUCCUGAGUGGGCUCCACAUAUUUUCCCACUGUCUGUUCAAAAUUUCCCACUGCCUGUUCAAAGUUUCUAGUCGAAGUCGCCAUCCAAUUCACCUUCUCAUGUAACUGUUCCAGUAGGGCAUUUGUUUUAUAGAAAGCACACAACAAAGCUUCUGAAUACAUUGUCCUGCAAGGUCAGAUGCCUGUUCCCACGAUUGUAAUCUGUAACAGCUGCCGGCUCCCUGGAGUUGGUUACAGUUUCACAGUCUCCCUCUAGGGGGAAAACUUCUAUUUGUUCUUGCAACAAAGUUUCCCUUUUUGAGAUACUUUGUCAAUAUUUGUUGCUUAAAGAUGCGAAGGGAAGCAGUGGAAUCGCUAUGUUUCUCUUCUUUUAGCUAUCUGUCAAAAACGCUUGUCUCUGGUCAAUGAACUUCAAACGUCAGUCCUGACACCCCGCUCCAGGAUCAGGACGGAGGAAAGUUACUUUACUUUAAACUCACUUUAAACAGUCCGAAAAAGAUCCCCUCCUUCUCCUGCUGUCGAAGGGGGGUUCCACAAUUUUAAAUGAUGAAAUCCAAUCCAUUAAAGGCGAUUUUCUAAGCUCUAGUUUACAUUGUCUUUGCUUUAUUCUGUCUACAAAAGAACAGAAGGCUGACUUCCUGUUUAGACCUUCCCGUUCCGUACCAAAUUAAAAUAGGUUUUUAAAAUCCAAUUCCUUUCUGCUCGCAAGUCCUUAUUUGAUGUCCAGUUGUUCAAAGUCUGAGUACUCACGGGUGCUUAUUUUAGAGUCCAAAUUGUCCCAGGAAAAAGGCAGCGCUCUCCGGCAACGGCUAUGCGGCUUCGCUCCACGGAAAUAGCAGUUGACUCACAGCACUGCGCCACUUCCCCCUCUUCACUUCGGAGCCCGUUAGUGGGUUCCUUAGCGAGUUGGGGGGGCGCUAAAGGUGCCCGCCGAGUCCCAUGGUCACAGGCUUCAUCCGCCUGUGAUUUUUAAGAGGGUCCCCGCUUCGCCGUAGCGGAGAAGACCCGUUUCCCGCAGAGCUAGUCCCUCCUGUUCAGAGGGAGUCCGCCAUUGCCGAUGGCGCCACCCCGGAAGUCCGCCAAGCAAAACAAGCUCUUGAGGGAGACACUUGUUCAUCCCCAUGACUGUGCAAACAGGGUUUGGGCCAUGCCCGUACCAUGUAAUGGAGAAGUGGGGAAGCUGUGGCCUCCCAGAUGUUGUUGGACUCUAGUUCCUAUCCUUGGUCAUGCUGGUUUAUGCCAAGUGGAGUCCAACAACAUUUGCAGGGCCACAGAUUGCCCAUCUUUAGCAUACAACGAGAAGGGGCGCACACAGAAUUUGACUGGGGGUACAACCUAGCUGAACUGCUUUGGCUUAUGUUGCGAUGUCCAAAAUGAAGACAACACACCAGUUAUCCCAUCCUCCCCCCUUCAUCAGCUUCCUUGCAAUGCUUUGUCAGUUUUGGAAAAGUAGAGAUCUUGUUCGUUUUGCCUCCCUAGGAAAAGAUGCCAUUUAAGGAGGGUUCUCAGAAGAAGCUGCUGAGCAGAUGAUCCUGCACCUUUAGCACAAAGAAAGAGCAAAUGCCCUGGAUCCCUUUUUUUGUCUUCAGGAAGUCAGUGCUGCUAGAACUAGAGCCUGAUCUAUCAUGAGCGCUUAAGUACAUUCUCCCUAGAGCAAUACCCUGGUAGAUUCUGCUCAAAAAGGCCCAGCACCCACUGACAGAGCUUUCUUUGCAUGUAGAAGCAUACCUCCAGAUGAAAAUAGGGACAUUUCUCACACACACUGAACUCCCCCUCCUCAGCCCCUUAUUUUCACCCCCCCUGCAUUUCCUAUCAGAAGAAGGGUGAGUGCCCCCACCACUGCAGCAAUGGGACACAGCACACACGCCCUCCACCGCCCUGAGAAAACCCCUUCAUCCUGAAUUAAUUUUAUUCUUUGAUAGAGUUACAGAAAGAAAAACACCCCCCAAAAUAAAUUUUUAGAAAGGGGUAAGAUUAGAUGUGGAUGCACACAACUUGGAGGGUCCUGCCCUCUGCCUUACCCUCAGCUGGUGCUUCUUGUGGGGCUGGGUCUUGGCGGCAGCAGCCUCUCCUCCUCGCCUGUUCUCCAGCAGCUGCUACAAGCUGCCCCAGAGAGAAGGCCGGCAGCAGUGGCCAUGGAGAGGCCAAGGGAUGCUCCCUCACAGCCACCACUGCUGUCACUCGGGAAAAGUGUCAGCUUAUUCUCCUCCCUGAGCUCAGUGCUGGCAGCGAAAAUAGGGACAUUUUGGGAUCAAAUCAGAAGCCGGGGUGGCUUUUGUAAUUCUGGGACUGUCCCUGGAAAAUUGGAACACUGGAGGGAAUGCACAAGGUCCUAGGUGCCCUUCAGAUGCUCUAGGACUCCAACUCCCAUCAGUCCCAGACAGCGUGGCCAGUGGUUGGGUGAUUAUGGAAACGGUUUCCUACCACUGUCCUAGGUUCAGCCUGUGGUAUCUCAGUACAAUGAUGAUGGAAGCCAGGAUGGGGAAGAGAUUGUGGAUUUCCACUAUCAAACAGAGUAGACACUACUGAGCAGCUUGAAGGCCCUGGCUUGGUCAAAGGCAGCUUCAUGUGACCUUGCUGCUGUACACUCAGUGCUUCCCAUCCUGGGCUCCCUUUCCUCCCCACCUUCCUUGCCUUGUGGAAAGCCUGAUUGUUGGUGCUUUGAUGGCUUCUGCUCUGCCCCAUUUGGCAUGACAGCCAGCCCCAGUCCCUGACCUGCCAGGUCACUGUGACUGUUCACCUCCCAUAACCUGCAGUUACCUAAUCGUAGAUUACACUGGAAAUGUAAGGAGACAUUCUUCUCUGACAAGGACUUUGCUGCCAGCCUGCUUUUUAAGCUUUUGAUGAUGUUCUGGGAGCAUUUGCUGGAAAUGUGUGGUCUGGUUCACGUUAUCUAUGUACAUCACUUGCUGCAGUCAUUCUGCAGUCAUCAAGUGAUAGCGGGUGUGAAUGUAUGAAUCAGCCCACAGAGAUUUUAUGGACUAGAGAAUCACAGUGACAGUUCCAGCUGGUUUAGUUGAAUUCACAGGUGCUUUAUUAUAAAUGCUACCAAAAAACAUGGACAUUCUCCCUCACCCCCAGUAAAGCUUGCCUUCUCUCCAAUGGGCAGCAGACAGCUUUUCAUCUAAACCAAUUUCCUUCAGGGUAGAUUUGAUUUAAAUCAAAUAGAUUUAAAUCACUAGUCAGUAAGACUUGAUUUAAAUCAUUUUUUUAACAGAAUGACUCAUUCUUGCUGGUAUAAUUUUAAUAUUUACAAGAUGGUUUGAUUUUUGGAAUAAUAAAUUUUCAGAGUAGUUUUUACAGUUAUAUAAAAAAUUACUGAUUUGGUUAUACUAUUAGAAAUACAUUGACAGAUAAUUAUGGAAUUAUUGUGAGCUUUAAUAAGUUAACUGUUUAUAUUUGAACUACUUUUCCACUGUACUUUAUUGGAAGGAGAAAAAUAAUCAUUUCCUUAAUAACAAUUUAAACAAUUUAUUUAAAUAAAACAAUAACAUUAUAGCAUAUGUAUCCAUGUUUGUUAACUGAUGUGGUUAAACGAUUUUUUUUUAACCCCUUUGAAAUAUACUCAGAGUCGAGAGUGGAUUUCAUGCUCUUUAUUCAGCUCAUAGUGGUGAGGAGGAAUGGAAUUUCCCCCAGAAUGUCUGCUUUAAAUACAUUAUUUACACAAUGGGCCCCACGUGAUUGGCUGAUUCCGGGAUUCACCUGUAGGCCAAUCAAGUUGCGGAUUCACUUCCACCUGGAGCUGGAUUGGGUGGCUCCUGUGGACCAAUCAGACUGCUGCAUUUUGGAUCCUAUUCUCCUGGUAUGUCCCACAGAGAAACUUAUGGUCUUCAAAUAAAAACAUCUUGAAGGUCCCAGGCCACAGAGAGGUUAGGCUGGCCUCAACUAGAGCCAGGGCUUUUUCAGCUGUGGCUCCGAUCUGGUGGAACACUCUGUCACAAGAGACCAGGGCCCUGCGGGACUUGACAUCUUUCCGCAGGGCCUGCAAGACAGAGCUGUUCCACCAGGCCUUUGGCCAGGGCACAGCCUGACUCCCUCCUUCGGCAAUCUUCGCGGAGCUCUGGCCCAAUGGUUGCCAGUGGCUUGAUUUGAAUUAAUUUUAUAAUGCAUGAUUUUAGAGUGUUGUGUUGUGUUGUACUGUUUUAUUGUUGUUAGCCGCCCUGAGCCCGGCUUCGGCUGGGGAGGGCGGGAUAUAAAUAAAAUUUAUUAUUAUUAUUAUUCAACUCAGUACAUAACACCAUUAGACUGAGUUUUAGCACACAUGAAAAACUUAAAACAAAUCCUUAUUUCCUGAUGAACAGCCUUUGGACUAUAAUGUAACUUAAAUAGAAAACUAUAUUUAGAAAGAAUUUUUCUCCAAAAGCAUUUUAUUUUAAAAAUCCAAUUUUAAAAAUCCAGUUUUUAAUAUAUAUUUUAAAAAAACCAUUGAUUUUUAUCCACUGAUUUCCUUUCAGUUCAAGUAGAAAGGAUUAUGAAAUUAUUUAAAAACAAAACAGUUUAUAGAUGCAGGGAAAUUAGAAAAUAGGAUGAAGUAGGUAUGGUGAAAUCUUCAAACUGCUUUUGGACCCCCAAAGUGGGUAGCAGAGAGAUCUGCCCAAAUGCUGGCUGUGAUGAUGGUGCAUAAGGAAGAGGCAGACCUCUCAAAGGUGCAGGUGGGUCACCUGCAGCCUCCCAUUCUCCUUGUAGGUGACCUCUAGUGCUCCUUGAAGCUUCACCAUCAUUCCAUUCCCUAAAGAGUUCCUUCCUGCCUUUUAGUGUCCUCCUUAUUCCCCCCCCCCCGGGUUUUGAAGUGCCUCUCCCCUCAAUUGCUUUCUGUGUAGUUUCAGAACAACUGGAAGGGACAGUGUUUUGUUUUAUAUACAUGUAAGUGUGUAUGCUUAUAGGUAUCACUGCAAGUCAGCUGGGGGAGCAGAGAUUAUUGCUUGGUUUGUGUCCUUAUUUUUAUUAUGCAUUUUGGUUUUUAUGUUGUAAUUUUAUGUUGUGAACUGCCCUGAAAUAUAUGGAUGAAGGGCAAUAUACAAAUUUAAUAACUAACUAAAUAAUAAAAACAUACUCAUUUCUUGGUUGUAAGGCUUGGGGAGAUAGCCGUAGUGAAAAACUGAAGCAGAGUGGCCCCUUAUUCCAGAGCAGUUAGAGGAGGGUCUCUGAUCCAGAGUAGUUAAUCCAGAUCCAUUGUCUGUGGCUCUGCCACUGUUAGCACACUGCAUUCAGCAAAUUACCCCUGAGAGUAUGUGGCCUUUGAUAGAAAAAAGAGAUGGCUCUCUCCUGCUCAAAGGAAACUGCAGGUGAAGAGAGGGGCUGUGUGGGCCGCAGUUCUCCACAGUACUUGCGUUUCAAGGGAAGGAAGCAUGGACACUUUACCUUUCCUGAUACGACCCCUUAACUUUUUAGGGGGAGACGUGAUUGUGCUAAAAUCAGACGGAGUCUGUAGGCCAGAUUUGUAGAUUUAAUUAAGCUCCUACUUUCUUCCUUAAUUCAAGCACUGGUUAUCCAGAUCCCACAAAUGACGGCCAACCCUCACUUUGUGUCUGCUGCUUGUCCGUUGAUUUAUUGAUCUGGUGUCUGCAUACCACAAGUGUUUGCUGUCUUUUUCCUGGAAUUGAGCUGUUUUUCAUCAUUGCUUUUUCAUCUUUUUUUUCUUUUUAAUGGAGAACCAUGUAUUGCCUUGAUUUCAGGCACCAGAGUAGAAGGUGUCUGGGCAGGAAUCAACUGACUAGUCCCACCAACAGAAGACCAUGCUUUGAGCGUCAUAAAUUUAUCACCAAGCAAGUCUAACAGCCACAGCCAGGGAGGUUGUAGCUUUAUGACAGUAUUGGAGCCAUAAGCAAGCAGAACCUCUGAUGAGACAGUGCUCAAAUGUGGCCAAAUCUGUCACUUUAAGACCUUGAGGGGGAAAUGCUCCCUAGCAGUUCCCCAACAGGAAGCACCAUAGAGUAUUUGGGUUGUAUUCAAUGCUAGUCCUAUUCAGAGUAGACCCACUGAAAUUAAUAGUUUAAAUGGGUCUACUCUGAGUAGGAGUAGUGCUGGUGACAACCCUGUGUCUGUCUAGUUCACUAUAUCUAAUCUGCCAGUGUCUCAGGGAGUGAAAGCCUUUCCCAUCACAUGCAACAUGAUAAAUUUAGCUGGAGAUUCCAGGGAUUCAAACUGGGACUUUAUGUAUGCAAAACAUGUGCUCUACCACUGAUCUGAAGUCCCUCUUGUUCUACCUCAUUCUGCCUGUUCAAGAACUUAUAUUCAAUCUAUACUUUGAUAGAAGAUGAAUCCUGGCACUAUAGGUCUGAUCCUCAAUUUUUUUUAGGGAACCAAAGUCACUCUACAUCUGACCCAUUUGCCCCACUCCUGAUGUUAUUGGACGCCAGUUCCUACUGACCCCAUCCAGCAUGGCCAACGGUCAAGGAUGAUGGGAUUUGUAGUCCCAACAGCAUCUAGAGCCCCAUAGGCUCCCCAUAAUUGCUGAAGUCCAUUCCUCAAAUACUGGGGUUUUCAAAUCAUCCUCAUUCUAUCCCCUCACUGUUCAUCAAAAUCUGAGUCACAGAACACACCACAAGUUCUUACACCCUCUUUUAUAUUCAUGAGACCCACCCAUUCACACUGGCAACCAAACAUGUGAGCUGGUAGCUCACAUAGCUAUACCAACUGUGAUGAUAUUGUGAUUUGCAUAAGCAGCUGCAGUUCAGACCUAUUAACUACUGUCAUGCGGUACGUUGAUUUGAUCAAGCAGAUGAACACCUCCUGCCCCACAUGCGCAUGCAGAAAUGUAUAAUGCUGGCUUCAAAUGGCCUAAAUAUAAUGCGUGAAUUGACUCAUAGUUGGCACCUGUUUAUUUUUUUAAAAUCUCAUUAUUCAGUUCCCUUUGGAUACUGAGGGAGGCUUACAAUUAUAGAAUAAAACAAUACAAAACAUCAAUACAAAACUAGAAGCAGAGGGAAGAGAUCAGCAGCAAUUAAACCCUAAAAGCAGAAGAUGAUUCAUAGGUUUAGGUAAAUAAAAAAUGUUCAUUGCCUGGCAUCCAAAAUAGCACGGCUACCAUGUGCCCUGCUUUACAGAGGAUGGUCCUCUCUUUUAAGGAGUGUCCACUCCAAAUCUGGUGUGAUGAUAAAGGACUCUCCAGGUGUUGUUUAACUAUAGCUCCCAUCAUCCACAACCACAGGGCAUGAAAGGACUUGGAGUCCAAUAACAACUUGAAAGGUCACAGGUUCCUCAUCCUUGCUGUCAAGUAGCCUGUCACUCUCCACAUGGUGUCCACAUAUGGUCAUUGAUGAUAGGAUGGCCAGGGAGUCCAACAACAUCUGGAAGGCCACAGGUCCCCCAACCCUGCUUUAUGGGGAGUGCAGUGCCAUCUAAGACAGACUAAACACCACUUUUCAGACUUCCUCCACCUUGUCUGGAUUCAGCUUCAGAUUGUCAAGCCUUGUCCAGUUAAUUACUGAUCCCAGGUGCUGAUAUGACACAUGUUCUGCCUCACCUGAAUUGGAUGAAGUGACAAAAGAGAUCUGAGUGUUUGCUCACUGAUACCUCAUUCCUAAGCUCCCACCUGACCUCCUCACUCAGAUAUUAUGUUGAUGUUGAACAGCAUGGGAAACAAAAGAAAACUCUGCCAAACAUCAUUGCACAAGGUCUAUGGGGCAGAACAUAGUCUCCUGGCACCACGUUCUGGACACCCAGGCAGGAACAAAACCAAUGGUGCAUGGUGUGCCUGAUCCCUAGACAGCAAGCCAAGGUGGAUGCCUUGGUGGAUGCUUCUGAGAGAUCCUGGAGAAUUGGCAGGGCCAGACUCUCCAUGUCCUUUCCCCAAAAUAGGCCAUCUAUUCGGGUGCACAAGGCCCUUUCCAGGACAAAAAUAAGAUUGAAAUGGAUCUCUAGUGUUGUCUAGAGUUGCAUGACCACUCAAACCUCUUGCUCAAAAAGGGAAAUUAGCAAUUGGCUGAUAGUUAUGAUGCUUCUUCAACUGAAUAGAUGGGAGGGCAGUUGAAUAGGUUUUCUGUGGGUAAAUGCCCUUCCCUGUUAAACAAGCUUUAUUCAUUCAAUAAUUUUUGCUAAUUUUAUCUAAAACAUGCACACACCCCUUAACAUAGAAUACAUUGUUUAUGCCCUCUAGGAAACCAGAUGCACUUUGGGCAAGUACAUUAGCGGAGAAAGGGAGCGACUGAGCUUCCAAGACGCGGACAGACAACUGUUGCGAAAUUGCUGGCAACUCUUUCCUUGGGUCCGGAAUAGCAGGAGAGAUCAUAUUUCAGGGCUGUGCAAUAUCCUGAGAAUGAAAAAGGGCACAGGGAUGCAGUGGAAAGAGUUGUAAACAUAUUGACCAAUCUGGGGAAGGGGUGAGGAGAGUUAGAAAUGCAGCUCUUCCCCAGGCCGUUUGAACCGACAGCCUGCGUGUCCCUGUCCAAGAGAAUGUGCUUACUUACGAUGAAGCACAUAAGUGCCCAGAACUAGCAAUGGAGGUGGCGGCAUUAGUCAAUGUAGCAAGGCACAAAUUGAGGAAAACCUUACACGACAAGACAAACAUGAUGAGAACACUGACCUAGGAUGGCGGAAGCUGCUUAUCUUCAUCUUUCUUUGGCUGCAUAUGAAGCUAGUCAGAAGAAAAGAUACACCUUAUCUGCCUCUGGGAUCUUCAGUAUGUGCUGAACCUCAGAUCUAGGGCUGCAGCAAGGAGGGGGGAGCUCCUACCCUCCCUGGGACUUUUUGAGUCUGUUCCCUGAAUGUUCAGCCAUCACUGCUUUUCUUUUAUGCCAAGCAACUUUCUAGUUUUUAUGAAACUCUUUUUUUUUUGGCAAGUGAAGGCAGCAUUAUACCCAAUUGGUUAGUAAGAAGUAAAUCUGCCUCUGCACCUCCCCCUUGCUCUGGAAACUGAAUGCAAAAAAGCUGAAAUGAAUGACAGCCACUUGGUUUUUAAAUAAAUCUUGUUACCUUUGUUCUUAAUUUUUUUAAAUCUGUUUAUUCAACCACAGAUAAGUAUAGAAAAAAAUUAUAAAGUAGGAUGUUCAAUAUGGCUUGAACAGUUUGCAUUGUUCCCCCAGCCUUUCGACCACCUCGUCUACCUGACAAGCUCAAUUCCUGCUUCCCUAAAUUGUCCUCUUUUCUGCAGUUUGUUUACAAGAUGCCAGCUAAGACACACUGUUGAAAAUGGCAUAAGGACCACUGAAUGCUGCCUCACACCAUUACAAAUUUUAGCAGCGCCCUGCGCAAGGCCAAAAUUCAGCACACCCACCCACCCGCCUCUGCCUUCUGUUCUGCUCAAUUCACUAUGUCAUCAUAGUGACACCCUGUGGCAUCCCCUUGGCUCAGCACCCAAUGUGGCGGAUCCGGUCACGCUGCCCUAAAUCUGCCUCUGCUUACACUGAGUCAGACCCUCAGUGUCUGUAGCUCCAUGUGGUCUAUGCCAGAGGUGACUAACCUGUCACCUUCUGGAUGCUGUUCCCAUGAUUUUGAACUGGAGCCACCGCAAAAUAAUUGGGGGAAAGGCAUCCAUCGAGCAUUCUUUAAUGUUUGUGCAGCACCUUCCAGGAGGAGAAGCUGGCCUUGUUUGAAAUGGCUGGUAGCAAAUCUGGGAAAGACUCCAGCAAGACUAAGACCAAGUCUGUGUCCCAUUCACAAGGGGCUGGCUUACAGUUUCUGGUGGGCCAUAUUCAGCGGCAUCUGAAAUCAAGGACUACCAGUCAUGGACGUGUGGGAGCUAUAGCUGCUGUGUUUAGUGCUGCUAUCUUGGGGUACCACACAGAUGAAGAACUGGAUUCCCUAAUCAAAGCAACCAUUACUGGUGCAGGUGCAAUUCCACAUAUCCACAAAUCUCUCAGUGGAAAGACAGGAUGGGAGCUAGAGUAGUACAACCGCUGGAGGACCAUGGGUUUCCAACCCUUGCGCCAGAGCAGGCAUGGCCAAACUUGGCCCUCCAGCUGUUUUGGGAUUAUUAAUGCCCAUCAUCCCUGACCACUGGUCCUGUUAGCUAGGGAUGAUGGGAGUUGUAGUCCCCAAACAGCUGGAGCGCCAAGUUUGGCCAUGCCUGCGUUAGAGAGAUGGAGCCCAGAAACUGGUGCUUAUAUAUAAAUGCACACAGGUCAUAUGUUCUGUUGCUAAUUUCCUGACUGGUUGGCUUAUCUGUUUUCUCUCCCCACAGAACUAAAUCUUGUAGGUGUAACAUCCAAAAAGCAUUUCUCCAUGCAACUUCUUAUGGCAUCAUCAGAGGCGUAGCAAAGUCAGGUGGUACCCAGUGCGAUAAAAUUUUUGCCAUCCCCCCACAUCAGCGGCUUGGGGUAGGCUUGGGAGUCACAGGUGGGCGGCAUGCUGAAUGUCACCCCCGGGCACGCCGCCCACCUGUGACUCCCAAGUCUCCCGCAAGCUGUCAAAAUGAAGGCAAAGUGGCACAGCUCUCCCCUUCCCCCGAUGGCUCUGGGUAGUCUUGGAAGUUGUGGGUGGGCGGUGCACAGAAUGUCACCCCCUUCAGCAAUGACACCCGGAGCGGUCCGCUCUCCCCUCCCCCGCCCCCCUUCCUACGCCUCUGGGCAUCAUGAAUCCUUAGAAACACAGAAGCUGCCUUAUACUGAGUCAAACUAGUUGGUCUACCAAGCUUAGUAUUGUCUAUGUUGGCUGACGGUGACUCUCUGGGGUUUCGGACAGAGUUCUGUUCCAAGUCUUUCCCGUGUAGGCCAGGAAUUGAAAUGGAGGCCUUCUGCAUGCCAAGCAUGUGCUCUGCCACUGAACUGCAGAUCUGCUGCUUGGGUGCAACUGAUUUGAAGUCCUGCUGCUGCUUUCAGUAGGACUUGGUCCUGAGGACCAGCUGUACCUUGGUUAUGUGCUUGAGUGUUUCCUCAUUUUUACAUUCACUUCUGAAGGCCUCUUCAAUAUUAGCCACACAAAGUCCAAUUCACACAUUCACUCACGCAAAGGCCUACAACUGCCCUUUUUGGCUGCUGGAAGAAGUCAGAACAAUGGUUAGAAAGACUGCCCAUUUGUCAGUUUUGGAGUUUUGCUGCCCUGAAGCCUUAAUUCUGUGAUUGUCUGGACCCCUAGCCAAGAAACAGUUUCUUGGGUCUGAUUCUCUCACCCAAAAGCAGCAGCUAGUGAUGUUUCCUAUUUGUGUAAAAUUGCAGAAUGGUGGCAUGAGCUUUUCCAGUAAGGCAGCUGGCUAUCUUUCAAAGCCAAAGUAAGACACCUGCCAUAUAUAGAUCAUCAGCACAAAAUUAAGCUGAUGGCAUUAGCCACCACCAGCUGCAAUGAUGGCUACCAACUUGGGAUGUUGUGUGUGGUGCAAUGGUUGGAGUGUCGGGCUAGGACCUGGGAGACCAGAGUUCGAAUCCCCACUUGGCCAUGAAACUCGCUGGUUGACCUUGGCCCAGUCACCAUCUCUCAGCCUAAGCUACCUCACAGGGUUGUUGUAAGGAUGAAAUUGGGAAAAGAACCAUGUACACCACCUUGAACUCCAUGGAAGAAAAGUGGUAUAUAAAUUUUAACAUAAAUAUCAAAACAAUGUGAAAAUGAAUUGAUAUAGAAUUUACAGACUUGAACAGAGCAAGUGACUGAAUGGACUAGAUGGCUAGACUAGAUGACAGUUUGGGUCCCUUUAAACUCUGUGUUCUAUGAAUACCAAUCAUAUGCACUUGACUGCUUUUGUAACCACAAACUGCAGCAAUUUCCGCUUCCUUUUUCCAUUUUUCAUCAGAAUUCUCUGACAUCCCUACUGGAGAAUUGCAUGUUCCCUGUACCUACUCCAGCCUCAAAAACAACUAACCCAGCUGCUGUCCUAUUCAGAUAGCAAAUGAAAUGCUCUUUGUGCCACAUGCCCCUUUGUCUUUUAAAAUGGCAGAGCUGUUGAGAGGCAGGAUGGGGGAGCAGGGAGGGAGGAAGAGAAAGCAGUGAAGUUGAGGACAGGGCGCAAUCCCACUGGGCCCAGCUUCGGUUCCCAACAUGGUUAUGACCGUAUGUGUGCAGAGUGUUCUCAAUAACACUGUGGGGAGCAACAUCGCAUCUGCUUUAAUGCGUGUGCGUACACACACACACACACGCACACUGUUUGCUCGCCCUCCUUCUCCAAUUAGUCUCAGCGCCGGCCGGGUGUGGUGGGGUUGCCCUCACCAGCAGGAGCCGGGGGAGAGAGUCCCAGCCACCUGGCAGGCUCCUCUGCCUUGCCUGGUGCCUUGUUGUUUGCUCUGCAUCUUGCUGUGUGCGGAAGGGCAUCUGAAUGUCUCCCGAGGAAUGUGCUGCAAAACAGCUGAGCUCAUCCUUCUCCUGCUGCACUCAGGAGACUUCUGCCGGUGGCUUCUUUUUGGUUGUUUUGUUACAUGAUGCCAUGAGCAGUUUGCUUUGCGACAAGGGGGGUGUAUUAUUUAUUUUUCUUCUAAAAGAGUAAAGGACAACGGAGAAAGACCAGCCCCAGAACCCAUUUUCAGAUCAAACUAUUCUUCUGGCAAAAGACAAAGGGCUGGAAGAGGAAGUGUGUGCCUGAACAUGUGCAGAGCCCUUUGCCAUAAGGAGAAGCCACCCUCCAAUCUGAGACUGAGUGAUCUCAAAGUCUGGCUUUCGUGCUGUUGGAGGCAGUGCGCUUUUCUGAAUAGCCAUUGCUGGAAAUGCCAAGAUGGGGAGAGGGGCUUUUGUGCUCUGCUUGCCGCCUCCAGAGAGGCAUUUGGUUGGAGGGCAGGAUGUUGGUCUAAAUGGGCCACUGGCCUGAUUCAGCAGAACUUCUUACACUUAACAAGAACUGGCCACCUUCAGAAGUUUGGACCUGGCACCUUUCAUGCCCUCCCCAGGAAAUAAAUUAAAUCCUGGCAUCUGGGCCAUAAUCCCCUCCCCUCCCCUCCCCCAUUUCCCUUCCAUUAUGGAGGCUUGCACUAUCUCCUGUACACCUUGUCCUCACAGGUCAGGCAAUGCACAUGUCUUUAAAAAGGUUUUUAAUAGAAUUCUAGGCACCAGGAAUGGAGAAAUUCCCACUCGCCUGAGAAUUAGAAUUAUUUGGGAAAGCCUGUUUUUGGCCAAGCUAGGUAUUAAUUUAAUUGUACAGUGUGCCACGCAUCAAUUUCUCCCCCACCCCUUCAAUCUUUAUUUAAUUGUGGGCACAGGUGGCGCUGUGGUCUAAACCACUGAGCCUAGGGCUUGCCGAUCAGAAGGUCGGCAGUUUGAAUUUCCUCAAUGGGAUGACCUCCCAUUGCUCGGUCCCUUCUCCUGCCAACCUAGCAGUUUGAAAGCACGUCAAAGUGCAAGUAGAUAAAUAGGUACCACUCCGGCGGGAAGGUAAAUGGUGUUUCCAUGCGCUGCUCUGGUUCUCCAGAAGCGGCUUAGUCAUGCUGGCCGCAUGACCCGGAAGCUGUACGCCGGCUCCCUCAGCCAGUAAAGCGAGAUGAGCGCCGCAACCCCAGAGUUGUCCGCAACUGGACCUAACGGCCAGGGGUCCCUUUACCUUUUACCUUUUACUGGGAUGACUUACUCUUCUUUUACACAUCAGGACUGCUGCACAUGGGGAGAAGAGGUUUAACCCUUCCAUCUCCAGCUGCAAUCACAGUAAAAUGUUUCCCUCUUCACAUGAAUCUUCAUGGCGGACCCACAAGAGUUAUUUUCUAAGCUAUGGCUGCGUGUGUUCAAUUUUUUGUGUGUAAAUAAUUUUGAUUGGAUUUCUAGAAGUAAAUAUAUCCAGAUCUAAAUAUAUCCAUAACACCCCCUGCACCUCCCAGUCUCACCAGCUUUCUGGUAAGUAUUAAUGUCUUUAAGAUAUGCCUUCCUCUUUUAAUUUUCCUACAGGCUUCUCCCAUGUGACUCCAUCAGAGUUGUAUGGAAGCAUCCAUCCACUGUGUAUGCGAUCGUAAUUAUGAUCCCACAUGGAGAGAAAAGGAUGGAACAUCCCUUCUGCCCAUGAUGGAGUCCUGAUCCCAUGGAGUCCUGCCUAUCCCAUGCCUGUAAUUAAACAAAGAACAAAAAACCCCAUAGCUGCCGUGACUUCUUACACAAUUAAAGUAAUGUGCCAGUUUGGGCAAAAAAGUCUGUUUUCUUCCCAAACGUCUGGCAGCUGAGGCAACACUCCUCCCCCACCCCAAAUUUUAAAAAUGGUAGGCACAUUUCAUUUACACCAGGAAAGUGUUGUUAUUGUUAUUAUUAUUUUUAAGUCUGUAGCAAUCAUUUCCCUGCUGUCAGAGGAGCCUGCCCUGUCCUUUGUUUCUGUUCUGCAUGUGAUUCUUGACUGUAAGGGGGCUAGUCUAGAAGAGCUGCCUUGCGCACAGAUGCAGAGGUAGCCUGCCCUGUGUGGAUGGGGAGGGGCGAAUGCUGCUGUGCGUCUAUUAUCCGGAGUAAUGAAAGGAUGCAGCCACUGCCAUUGGAAAGAGGCACAAUAGAAUUUCCCUUCCCAGCGGAAGCUGAUUGGAUGGAGACAUUGCCAGAGGCCUGCAUCAUGCAGAGAAGCAGCAGGCAGCCUCUGUUAUUUGGUGGGCGGGCAGGAGAAACACUGAGCUCACAGGAGCCUUUUGUAACUUCAUAUCAGAGCAUACUUGGGAGUUCUUUCACAGCUUUUUGUCUGGGAAUUAAGUGAUUGAUUUCCCCUGCCUGCUUUUUGUUUGUGUGAAUUGGUAUGCUGCCCUAUGCCUGCUGAUUUCAGUAGUUCAGAUUUCCUUGCACACUUUCUAACCCUUCCGGUCCCCUCCACUCAGUGGUAGUAGAUGGCUUGCUUUUGCAAUGCAUGCGGAAAGGUCCAGGCUCGAUCCUUGGCAUCUCCAACCUAAAAGAGUUUGGGGCAAAAGGGCUGAGAGAAGGCCUCUCUGUGGAGACCUUGGAGAGCUGCUGCCAGCCAGAGUAAACAUCACUGGGCUCGAUGUUAAAGUGGCCUUCCUUGACCCUGUGGUCCUCCAGACACAGUCCAACACCUCCUCCCACCAUCUCUGAUGAUAGGGCUGAUGGGAGCUGCAAUAGUCCAUCAACAGGAGGGUACCACAUUGGAGGAGACUGGCACUACCCUAGGGCAGCAGCUUUUGACAGAUAUGACAUCCUUUUAAUCAACGGAACUGAUAACCUCCCUUGCCACUGUAUUUUUCUCCCCUACUCAGAUCUACUGACAUAAAUAUGCAGCCACACACAUAUAAACACUCUCCUCAAUUCCUACUGGGCAGAGGCCAUAGUGGGGUUCCAGAAUAUGUGCUCUAUCUGCAGGAUGCCCCAGGUUCAGUCCCUGGCAUCUCAAAGCAGAAGGGACCUCCUAGCACAAGAGUGAGCAGCCUGUGGCUGGAUUUCACAUGGGGGGCCAGGAGGGGGGAAUAGAGGAUGGAGUGGCAAAAAGAGAAUGCAGGGAGGGGAGGAGCAUCCUGCCUGCCACUCACUGUGGCUCCACCCACUACCAGCAGGCAACUCUUGAUAGAAAAGUGCUUUAGCUCUUCUGUUAGGCAGGGGUUCUCAUGAGAAGCUGGAGCCGCUGCUUUUUGUACCAUUAGUCUGACUGACCCGGGAGCUCCUGCAUGCAAAGGGUGUGCCCUGCUGAUAGUGUGGGACCAUAGAAUUGUAGAAUUGUGCAGUUGGAAGGGACUCCAAGAGUUAUCUAGUCCAACCUCCUGCAAUGCAGGAAUCCUGCCCACAACCAUCCCUGGGUUAGCACCAACCUUCUGGUUAACAGCCAGGCACACUGACCCAUUGCGCCACUAGGGACCAGGAGGGUUGCAGAGCAGCCUCCAGUGGUGGCAGGUGUCCAUUGGGACCAGUAGGGUGGAAGGCAGGAAGACCAGUGGGAGGCAGAGCUGCAGCCAAUGACAGCCAGCUGAUUCUAAUGUCCCUCCCCCCCCUCCAGUUUUCUAUAAGGGCAACACUGAGGCUAAGCAGGGAGAAUAUUGACAGCCAAGGCCAUCCCCUGUGCUGGUUGUAAAUAAGAAGGCAGGCAGGUGGGGGUGGGGGACUGAGGGCAUGCUUACAUUAUUGCUUGCUCCACAUCUAAAGCACACCCCCCAUUCAUUUCUGAAGCUACAUUCACACAACAUUAGCCACAAUCCAUGUCAGUUCUGUAGUUUGUCUGCAAAUACUGCUAUUUGUCAUGAUUCUGCCCUAUAAUUUCAUUCUUGCUAGAAAACUGGGAGGUGUGUAAUGGGAAGAUAACUGUACAAUCCCAAUGCAUGGGCAGAUGAGUGCACAUGAGCCAUCAACAUCUUCAUGAAUGGGAGAGUGUGGGUUGGGGGUGGCAGGGGCAGGGAAAUCAAAAAGACCUUGCAUGCCAGGUGAAGACAUCUCUGAUGUGAACAGCACACCUUGAAAUGCAGGCUGUGUGUGAAUGACCUCACUGCAAUUCAUGCCACUCACGUGAACCUACCCUGAAUUUGGUACCCUACUUGCCUUAAAAGUCUAGCCUCCACUUGCAGCCUUUUAAAUGUCUUUUAUUUCCCUUCAUAAGCCACCUUGCCCAGGCCCCAUCCUUUCCUUGCUCUCAAACUAUCUCCAGCAGCCAACAGCUGUAUAGAUUGCUCCUUUGUAAGUGCCUGCAAGACACCUCCUAACAGUUACAGGCUGGGAACAGCAGAGUUAUUUCAGAGAGGUGGGAAAUGGUGCCACAGAGGAAUGGUUGCCUGUGGCGCAUAUGUGGCACAUAGGCUUAUUUCUUCUAUCCCAUUCUCACUUCUGGUCAAACAGCUUUGUUCUUGAGGAGGUGCAAAAACCCCUAUUUAUCUGAGAUGACACAGAGGUGCAAGUAAGCUGCACGAGCAACAAUGCUUCCAUCACAGACCACUUUCAGCCCUCUUCUGAAAUCAGUGCUGUCCAUCGCUGCCUGCAAGCAGUUUCACCAGAAGCAGUUUAGUCAUGCUGGCCACAUGACCCAGAAAAACUGUCUGCGGACAAAUGCCAGCUCCCUUGGCCUGUAAAGCGAGAUGAGCGCCACAACCCCAGAGUCGUCUGCAACUGGACUUAACUGUCAGGGGUCCUUUACCUUUACCUUUUCAAGGUGCCUUGGAGAGGAGGAAGGAAAGGUGGAAGGAACACCCCCCUCACCCAGUGAGGGCGCCAUGACCUCAGAACUUGAGAAGAGAGCUCUUCUGGAUCAGGCCAAUGGCUCAUCUAGUCCAACCAGAUGCCUGUGGGAUGCACACAGGCAGGACCUGAGCAGAAGAGCACUGUCUCCUGCUCUGGUUAAGGUCUCCCCAAAUCUGAAACUAGCAGAGCGGAGGUUGGUUUUUUCCUUUUCUUUUUAAAGCCAGUUCUCAGACCUGAGAGCCAUGUGGAUGAACUCUAGGCAGCUCUUGAGCUCUCGGGGCAGCGACUGGCCCAUGCGCAGGACAAAGGCAGUGAGUGGGUGAGGGGUGUGUAAGCAGAGAACUGUUCCAGCCCUUCUCUUCUGCACCUCACCUGGGGAGAAAGAGGGGAGAAAGCGGCAGCAUCUUGCCUGCCUGGCGUGUGGGGAGGAGGCAGCCGACAAUUUAAUUUGUUUGUUUUUGUAUAUGGAUUAUUAUUAUUAUCACUAUGCUAAAGAGCAGUGAUUAGACUGAAUUUGUUUAAAUAAUUAACUCAGCCUCUUUUGCAGUGAUUGCCUCCAGUUUUGGGUUGCAGCUUUUAUUUCUCAAGGGGGAGGGUGCUGGUUCUUCAGCUGCUUUCCAGCAUUGAUGCAACAGUGCAAGUUCUGAUGUCGCAUUGAGUGAAGCAGUCAUUGGGCCCAAUCCAGCCUGACUGAGCCAUAGCUUUGGGGCGGGGGGCUAGCCAGGUUUUUUGCCCUGGAUGAAGCCUCCAGAGGGGUACCCUUGAGGCUCCCAGCCUCUGUGUGUGUGCGGGAGUUGCCAAACUGAGUCUUUGAUCCGGGUGAAAUGAAGCCUGGUUUUGCCCCUGCUGUGCAGCAUCGAAGAGGGUCAGGGCUGGGAGUCUGCCUGCCUUACAUGGGCCUGUGCAUGCAGGCAUGGGCACAUGCGCAUGCGUGCACACACAGAGGGAAGUGAACUCUGGCAGGCUACUCUUGGCGUUCCCCGUUGUGAUGAUUGGCCUCAGUGGUAAUUGACAAUCAAUGUCGGAAAAUGGUCUAAAAAUAGCAACGGGAGCAGCAGCCAUUCCAGUUCCAGUCUCCAAAUGGGGCUCUUUGCUGUGCCAAAAUGGAGAUGCAGUCAGGGAGUAGGGCUUAGGGUGGGGGGGGGAGGCAAGCUAACCAGCACAGCCUUGAGGGCACACACACACACACACACACCCCAUUAGGGAGGGCUCUUAGAACCCAGCUCUGGAAGGAGAGAGUAGUACAGCCAGGGGAAGUAUGUUUUAUUCCACAGUUUCACAAGCAGCCUGUCCAAGAAUGGAUAUUUGGCUUUGUUAGCCAGCCAUCCUGUUGGCAGACCAGGUUAUGCAUCCCUUCCCACACCCGAAAAGGACUUAAAUUUGCAACAGACUUGCAUAGGGUAAUUUAUAUGUAUAGAUGCAUAUUCAAAAAUAAUUACUCUUAUUUAGAGCAGAGAAGAUGUAGGGGGAUCUUUAUGUGCCUGCUCCCCCCUUUUGUGGUUUAUCCUUAAAGGGGACAGCCUGGAACAGCUUCAAACAGAGGGCUUUCCUCUAAGAGCCCUUCAAAAAAGAGGACUGCCUCUAUAAGGUAGGACACACGGAACCAGGUUGCUUUUGCAAAUGGGAUUGAGGGGGAGUGAUUUUCCAUGACCUCUAAUCAGGUAGUGUAGCCAACAGUGGCAACUGACACUCUCUCUCUCUCUCUCGUUGAUGUAGGGAACCCACCAGAGCUAUACACACCCUUGUAGAUCACAAUUUCCCUACCCCCUCAAAUGCUUUGCUUACAAUGACCUUCUGGGGGCCACGAAAUAGUGGCUUCAGGCCAGUGACCAUGGCUGUGCCCACCAGGGGAGAUCUUCCUGGCAGGCUAAGUAUAUCACUCCACCCCACCCACGGACAAGGGGGGGGGCUAAAUAGGAAGGUAUCAAUGCCUCCCAUGCUGCAUAAGUAAAGGUACAUGCAACAUUCACCCUUUCCUGCUCCGAUUUGCCCCCAUUCAGAAUCCAGCAUACUAAGAACUUUUUCAAACUACCAGAACUUAAGCUGCUCUUUCUUGACCUUGGGUCCACAGAUGUUGUUGAACUAUAACUCCCAUCAUCCCUGACCAGCUAGGUAUGGUGGGAGUUGUAGUUCAACCAAAAUCUGGGGACCCAAAGGUUGAAAAAGCUGCCAUAAGGUUUUAAAUAGCUGGCAGGCAGUAGUUGAAAGCAUGUGCUCAGUGGCUGGUAAAAACAUGGAAGCUGGCAGUGUGCAUGUGCAGAGGAGAACUAAGAGGAAGUAGGCAGUGAGCCUUUGGAGCAGGGGUCCUCAGACUACGGCCUGCCCGGCCAUUUUAGAACCCGCCACAAAGUCCAAGGCUGAAACGCCUUCUGACUUUUAGAAGACAUCUGAAGGCAGCCCUAUUUAAGGAAGCUUUUAAUGUCUGGUGUUUUAUUUUAUUUUUAAUAUUUUGUUGGGAGCCGCCCAGAGUGGCUCGGGAAAUUAUUAUUAAUAAUAAAAAUAUUAGGCUCUUUGCUUCUCCCUUUGUGGGAUAUGAACAUAUUUCAUGCAAGCAUCAGAUCUGUGCCUGUGUAUGCGCGCGCGCACGCAUGCGCGCACACACACACACACACGGGCAAGGGCCAUAGCUCAGUGGUAGAGGAUCUGCUUUGUUCAAUCCCUGGCAUCUCUAGGGAGAGCUAGGUGAGACCCCUGUCUAAAACCCUGCGGAGCUUCUUCCAGUCAGUGUAGACAGUACUGAGCAAGACAGACCAAGGGUCUGGCUUGGUAUAAAGCUGCUUCCUGUAUUCCAUACAUAACAUAUUUAUUCAAUAUCUCUGGAUAACUUACACAAGUCACUUUUUCAUUCUGCAGACAUUUGCCUCCUCUUCCUCCUCCUCCUCCUUCUUUGCACAGAGUUUACAUGUUCCUGGACAUAAUCUAGGAAUGGAAUGUCUGUUCAACACAGAAGGCACUAUAUUGAAUUGCCUAUAGACUCUGGAGACCUAGGAGAGGGGUGAUGACAUUGUGGAAGAGCACAGGCUUUGCGUAUCCCCCACCCGCUCCCACUCCAAGACUGAAUCCCUGGCAUUUCGAGUUAAAGGAUGUCCAAUUUCGGAACCUGGGAAGAGAGUCUGCUAAUCAGAGUUGACAGUGCUGGGUGAGAUGGGACAGGCCAACCAGUCUGACUCAGCACUCAUGUCCAUAUACAUGAAAAUCUCUGGAUGGCUUUUAUGGGGACAGUGCAUGUAUUUCUCUCACUUGUGCCCAUCCUUGAAAACCUGGAUGACCCACCAACCUGGAUGAUGGGCAAGGCAACAAAUGAUAAUUUUACCUUUGUCCAGUAGGCUAGUUUCCAUGCACACUCACACACCCCUCUCUACCAUCCAUCCAAGAGUCCUUCAAGGACACAUUCCAGCCAGGGCAAAAACACUCAGGGUGUGAUGCAUGGUCAGUGGGGGGUCUAGCCUGGGGAGGGUUCCUGGAGGGACCAUAUUUGGCCCUUUGGCUUGAGGUUUCCCACUCCUGCUUAAAAGAGUCUCUAGUACUCUGACAAUUGGGGGGGGGGCAGGAGAGAGCCUAGAAGAGGUGCACUGGAGUCACUCAAGAGAAGCUGCUCACUAGGAGCUCUCCUUGGUGCUGCAAAGAUGAUGCUGUCAUGUCCUGUGGGUUCCACCUUGGGACCAGAAAUGGACAGUUGCAGCAGAAACAGCAAAGAUGUCCUUGUGGUAUCUUUAAAGACUGUAAGGUUUCAAAAUGGCAGGGGCUUUUGUGGUAUAGGAAGGCCCUGAGAGUCUCUGGCUAUGCUUUCUUCUCCCUCCCUCUGAGAUAUGUGGAAAACGUUUUUGCGCAUAUGUUCCCAAUUACUUCUGUUUUUUUUUAAAAUGAUAUUUAUUAAGAUUUCAAAGAGAAGAAUUACAUAAGUAGAGAAAAAGAGAAAAAACAAGAAAAAACAAAAACAAAAGACAAAAGUAAAAAUAUAACAAAAAUACAAAAUACAGAAAAAAAGAAUAAAAAACACUUUAAAAAUACAUCAAUCUUUCCAUGCCUUACAUUCAUUUCCUUGCUUCCCUGACCUCCUCGUACCUCCCUUUUUUGUAUUCCAAUUCAAUUAGUUAAUUCAGCAAUUUCUUUCCCUCUUUAUUUUCUCUUAAUCCUUUAACUUAAUAUACUAUAACUUUGGAUUUUCACCUGUUAACAGUCCAUUUUUACAUACACCUUUAUAGCAUUGCUGCUUAAACCACUUAACUUCAUUCUAACAUCAUUCUAACAUUCAUUAAUUUUGCAAUAUUUCUGUCUCUGACCUACCCAUGCUGAUGAGCAUGGGUGUCAAAGGCCACUUCUUAAGUCUCUGCAUCAGAUCCCUGACCCUGUAAGGUUAAUUGAUUCAGAAAUGGGGAGGUACGCCUGCCUUUUAAAAGGGGCCUGUUUGAUUGGUGAGGGGGAGGAGCGGGGGAGAGAAUGAAUUAUUUUCCACAGAAUUCAGUUUGACAGAUAGGAAAGUCCCCAAUGCCUUGUGGGAUGUAAGAAACAUGACAUCAACUUUUACCCUAACACAAUGAAACAAAACAGGGGGUUUUUUGUAUCCUGCACCAGGUGCUCCUCUGAGCAGGAUUCCCCCAGAGGGAGCAUAAGUUACAUUAUCUUAAGAGGUGUUCAGAUGAGUGCAGUUUUGAAAACUUCAAUGCAUUUUGAAAGGUUUGUUAAAGGUGCUGGAAAUUGUAGCUUUGUGAGGGAUAAACUACAGUUCCCAAGAUGCUUCAGGGAAUAUAAUGUGCUUUAAAUAUGCUGUGUAUAUGGAGCAUGUGUUUGGCUCCUCAAGCUCUCCACCUCCACUUUGUCUUUGGUGCAAGGUCCUUCUUCAUCUAAACCUCUUAGUGCACUAGCAGACCCAAACCUCUGGUUCCUGGUUUAUUUUCAGCUCCUGUAACAAUUCUUACGGCCCUUUGUUGCAAAGGUCUAUUUCUUUCAAAAACCUGGCCCUUGGAAGGAUAAUAUAAAAUAUACACCUAACUGAGUGUUAUCCACAAAUAUCUUGUGUGUGUGGAUAACGAUGUCAAGCGUGCCCCUAGUCUGGCACCCUAUGCAUUGAGUGCAAACAUUAAAAAAGAGACACUUAGCGUGUAACUGCCUGAAUGUGCACAGGUGUUCCAUGUGUCAAGGAUCCCUUGCACUGAAUUAGGAAACUCUUUCAAGUGUCUUUAAUUUUCUGCAGCUUGUGCUGUCUCCAGAAGGAAUCUGGGUUACCUUGGUCCUGAAUUUCAAUGUGUUUGGGACUGGCUAUAAUAAUAACAUGGUUCUGUUAAAGCAACAGAGCAGCAGCUAUCAGUUCUACUUCUUUAUGCUUGGGUAGCAGAGGUUGGCUCCGUCUGCCAAAAAUAGGCUUCUGAAAAUUGGAGCUUGCAAAGACUAGCCGCAUCCUUAGAUUCUGAGCACUUUACGAAAAAGCGAAGUGUUUGUCUGGGAGAGGGAGGGCAAUGUGGAGGGAGGGGUUCCUCUCUCUCUCUCUCUCUCUUGGCCAAUAGUAGCUCAGGGAGAUGCUCAGAGCAGGACUUGCAGGUGUCCAGGGCCACCAUAAGCAGGAUGAGCAAAAAGAGCCAGCCAGUGCAGCAAGGCUGGAUUAUCAACAUUUUGAAAUGAACGAUGCCAUCUAUAGACCCCUCCCCUUCCUGCUCUUGUAAUAUUACAAAGUCCUGAGCACCACCACAAGAAGGAAUAGCAUAAACAACUCCACUAUCAGAGGCAGUAUGCCCCAGGGGCCAGAAGAGCCGUAGCCCAAGUGCACAAUUUUGAGGGGGCAUGAACUAGGUGCCCCUCCCCCAGGGAUCCCCGUCCUGCCCUGACUGCCGCUGAGGGUCUCUGGGCCCUGGAAGGUGGGCAGCCUGGCCUGCCACUGUGCCCCCAGCUCCCUCACUGAAUGGCCACCCAGCCAAUGUCAAGGGGCAUUUGCCCACCAAGGGCGCUUGGCUCCAGUGGCGAGGGCUGGGCUGGCGCAGUGGGCUCUGCAUGCCACCCUCACUUGGUGUGUGUGCACCUGGCACAGCAGGCUCUGUUCACCCUCUGUACACUUCCAUGCACAUGCACCCUGCACAUGCAAAUGCCGCAACACGGUUGGUAUGCCCCAGAAUACCAGUCACUUGGAAUCACAAGUGAGGAAAGUGGGCAUGUGAACUGCUGGCCUCCAUUUGGGAAGCGGUGAAUUUGAGGUAGUAUGUGGCCUUUGGCCUGCGAAGUCUGUCUGGCAGACUGGCUGGAAUGCCCGACUUUGGUCAUGGUAGGCUUCAGUCUGGAAUAUCUGCUAACCCAGGAAGUUUACUGGGUAGCCCUGGUGGAAAGUCAUUGCUUCUCUGCCUAAUAGUCUACCUUACAGGGUUGUUGGGUGGAUAAAAUGACACUCCCUGCAUCCUCCUCUGAGAGGGAGCAAGAUACAAGGAGGAAAGAGCAAAAUGUCACACAUGGGGGUUUAUUCUCUUUUUAUGUGGCACUCCAUGUAGGUGUGAACUCUCUGUAAGUGUGAACUUUGAGGCUUUUCCAGGCCUUGUUACUCACAGGGCAUCAAUUCCCGUUUGAAGCAAGACAGAAUGAAAGCAAGAGAGAAUGCUCCUUGCGCAAGCAGGCAGACAGGCAAGUAGGACACUCUUUCUUCCCCAUGGCCAAAAUAAAUGGGACAAACUGUGGCUGGUAUUCCCUUUAACUUAUUCCUUUUCUAAGGGAAACAAAGGUGUUUCAUCAAUAUGGAUUUUAAAAAAGGUUGCUUAGCAAGGAAAGCUGGUGGUGUGUGUCAACAUCCCCCUCCCCUCGGCUGCGGACUCCCCCUCCCCUGACUUCUGCUUCAGGCCAGGAUGAAAUCUAAUCUCUCAUCCCUUGGCUUGACCUUGCAUUACUGAGGGAGCCAUAAGUAAAACGAUCUCAGCUGAUGGGCCAAAGCUCCUCUGGCUAGGGGUGGGGGUGGGAGUGUCAGGGCCCCUCCUUGUGGAGAGAGAGGGCGGUUGGAGGGCUAUUCAUAGCCUCUUUCCUGGCAACCAUUUGGAACAGGGCAAGUUGAACAUGGCUCUUUUUCAUGCGUAGAGGCCACUACGUGUGGAGGGGAUUCUUCAGGGCCCUGUGAACCUAUCUUAGCACCAAAUCAGUUUGUUGGCCUGUCUACCCUGGCACAGUUCAACCUGACUGGGCAGUCAUUUCCCCAAGUUGCCAGGGGAGGGGUCUUUCCCCCCAGGCUUGCAGACUUUUGAUGCUUUUAAGUAGAGGUGCCAGGGAUAGAACAUGGGUUUUUUGCAUGCCACACAGGGGCAACCCAAGACUUUUGGCUGCCUGAAAAACAAAAUAAGCUGCCUUAUACUUAAUCAGACUAUUGCUCCUUCUAGUUGAGAACUGCCAACACUGACUGGCAGCAGCUCUCUGCGGUUUCAGGCAGGGAGUCUUUCCCAUACCUACCUGGAGAUGUCAGAGUUUGGACCUAGGACUUCAUGCAUGCAAAAGGUACCACUGAGCUGUGGCCCAUCCCAAAGGCAGAGGACAAGAUGGUUUCUCUCUCUCUCUCUCUCUCUCUCUCUCUCUCUCUCCCCCCCCCCAUACCCACCCAUUUAUUCCAUGGCUGAUGCUCUGUUGUAGGUGCUGUGUAAGGAGACACAUUCACAUACUCUGAGAUAGCAGAGUACAAAAAACCACUUGGUUUCAUACAUCUUAUAUAGCUCUACAGUACAGUGGUACCUCGGGUUACAUACGCUUCAGGUUACAGACUCCGCUAACCCAGAAAUAGUACCUCAGGUUGAGAACUUUGCUUCAGGAUGAGAACAGAAAUCAUGCGGCAGUGGUGCGGCGGCAGCGGGAGGCCCCAUUAGCUAAAGUGGUGCUUCAGGUUAAGAACAGUUUCAGGUUAAGAAGGACCUCCAGAACGAAUUAAGUUCUUAACCCCAGGUACCACUGUAUUAGCACUACUGCCAACCAGUAACAAUGGGCCCGAUUCACCUACGUUGUUGCACUAGUGGAAGCCAAUGCAAUGAGUCCCAUUGAUACAAGGGGUUUCCCCCUCACCCCACCUGUCAAAAAGCUGAUUGGGAGGAUCAGGAGAACCCCCAGAACAGGAUGUAUGCCUAAAUGCUUGUGUGGAUGGAAUAAUCCCUUUAGUACUACUUUGAAUUCCACCCAUUAAUAGUAACUACACUUACUUUGCAACUACCAGAUUGCAUAUAAUUACAUAAACUGACCAGAUUUUACUGCAAUGCCAGCAAUCAUAGAAUCAUAGAAUAGUAGAGUUGGGAGGGACCCCGGGGGUCAUCUAGUCCAACCCCCUGAAAUGCUGGGAUUUGCGCCCAACAUGGGACUUGAACCCGUGACCCUGACAUUCAGAGCUUCCUGCUGGGGGGAAUGGUGUACUUCAAUGAACCUCAGUGGAGCAGGUUAGUUUAGGACUGUGUGACAGGCCUGUGAGACACACAGAUCUGAUCUCCAACAGUGGAGAAUAGCUCAGGAGGAAUUGGGGGGAGGCUGCCCCCUGAAAUGAUUGCCACACUCUGCCUUGGCGGUAGGGUAAUGCCAUUUACCCUCUGGCUGGAGCUAAACCCCUUCCCCUUUGAAAUAUACUCAGAGUUGCAAAGUGAUUUCAUGCUCUUUAUUCAGCUCAUAGUGGUGAGGAGGAAUGAAUGAAUGUCCCCUCAAAGUAUUUGGAUCCUAUUGUUCUAGGACCAAUCAGACUGCUGCAGUUUGGAUCCUAUUCAACUCAGUACAUAACACCCCUCCCCUCUAAGUUCCAGUCCUGCCCGGGAGGUCGCAUUCAUAGUCCUCGAGGUACGCCGGCGGCCUACGUGUGCGUUGCGGCCUGGGGAGUUCCCUGGUCCGGGGUUCAGGUUCUGGCUCGUGUUCCAAGGAUGCUGGCUGUGAUGGGCCUGUUUGGUCUGGCGCAACCGGCUCACUCAGUCGUGGUUCUGGUUCCGGCGUCCUUUCGGCCUCGCGGGUCCUCUCUGUAUUUACUGAUUCUGCCUCUCCUGCUGGCCCCUCCUGCUCUAUGGGCCUCACUGCCCCUCUGUUCCCUUGGGACUCCUCUGACCUUUCCUCCUCCUGGUUUUCUCCUGGGAAUCGUCGCCGUAUCUGGUCGCAGUGGCGGCGCCAGCAUUGCCCCCCAUCCGUUAGCACCUCGUACGACACGGGGCCAGUGACCCUGGUGACUGUGGCGGGUACCCAUGCUGAGCCUGCCCCAAAAUUAUUUGCGUACACUGGCUCCUGGGCCUCGAAGGUCCGGGGGUUCCUGCCUUCCCCCACCACUACCUCAUCCUGAGCUCUAUCGGGGUGAAGGCGGUCCAAUCUGAUUGCAAGGCGCCGACCCAUUAGUAGUUCAGCGGGGCUCCGGCCAGUCGUUGAGCUGGGGGUGCUGUGCUGUGCUAGGAGGAAUGUGGCAAGGCGGUACUCCCAACCCCUUGCGUCAUGCGGCGAAGGGUGUCCUUGGUGGUCCGCACCAUGCGUUCUGCUUGGCCAUUGGUGGCAGGGUGGAAUGGCGCCGAACGGAUGUGGCGGAUGGCGUUCUGCGCUGUGAAGGUUUGGAAUUCUCCUGACGUAAAUGCAGUCCCGUUGUCUGAGACGAGAGUGUCAGGGAGCCCGUGGGUUGCAAACAGCCUGCGUAGUACCCGGAUGGCUGCGGAUGUAGAAGUGGACGGUACCAGUGCGACUUCCAGCCAUUUGGUGUAGGAGUCCACCACUAUGAAGAAUGUUUUCCCCUGAAAGGGGCCAGCGAAGUCCACAUGCAGGCGUGACCAUGGUGCUCGGGCGGACUCCCAGGACUGGACUAGGGCCCUUGGGGGGAUCUGGGUGGGAUUCUUGGCAGGCCUGACAGUGUUUGACCCAGGCCUCUAUCUCUCCGUCGAUCCCCGGCCAUCACACAUAACUCCUGGCAAGGGCCUUCAUUCUUACUACCCCUGGAUGUCUCGUGUAGGGCUGUGAGGACCCUUUUGCGGAGGGGCUGGGGAACAAUGACUCUGCUUCCCCAUAACAGGCACCCCUUGUGGGCCGACAGUUCAUGUUUGCAGUUGUGUAGCCGGCGAAUUCUGGCCCGGGGCUGCUGCUGGGCCAUCCCCUCCACACCCAGUCCAGGACCCGGGAGAUGACCCUAUCUUUCUUGGAAUGGUGUGCAACUUCUUGUGCCUGAAUGGGGCGGUCGGGAAGCAGCUCCAGGCUCAUAACCUCUUGUGCAGGUGCUGGGUCGGGGCCUGUUUCCAGUAGUGGUAGCCUGCUGAGGGCGUCCGCAUGGCCCAUUGCCUUCCCCGGGCGGUGAAUCAGUGCAUACUGGUAGCUGGCAAGGAAAAUUGACCACCUGAGGACGUGAGGAGACAGCACUUGGGGGGUCUGCUUUUCGGGGGCAAACAAGCCAAGCAACGGCUUGUGGUCAGUCACCACGGUGAAGGGCCGCCCGUACAAGAAAUCAUGGAAUUUUUUUACUCCCUUCACGAUUGCCAGACCCUCCUUAUCUAUUUGCGAGUAGUUCCGCUCGGUUGCGUUGAGUGUCUGGGAAAAGUAUGCCACCGGUACCUCUCUUCCAUCCGGGAGUUGGUGUCCCAGGACAGCGCCAAUGCCAUAGGGCGAGGCAUCGCAUGCUAGCACCACCGGCAGCCUCUCAUCGAAGUGUGCCAAGACCGAGUUUGAGACAAGCAAGUCCUUGACUGCCUGGAAUGCAGCCUUCUGACGCUGGCCCCACACCCAAGGGGCCCGCUUGUCCAGGAGUCUGUGUAGGGGCUCUGCUACCGCCGCCUUGUGGGGAAGGAAGGAAUGGUAAAAGUUCAAUAGUCCCAAGAAGGCCUGAAGUUCAGUCUUGCUCUUGGGUGCUGGGGCAUCACAAAUGGCCCGUACCUUGUCCCCAGUCGGGUGGACCCCUUCUGCAUCCACCAUAAAUCCCAGAAAGUCCACCUGAGGCACUCCUAGUAGACAUUUUUCCCGCUUCACCUUGAGACCCGCCAUCUGGAAACGGUGCAGAACGGUGCAGAGGCGGUCCUCAAACUCCUCUGGAGUGGGCCCGGCAAUCAACACAUCAUCGAAGAAGGGGGUGACGCCAGGAAUCCCUUUAAGGAGCGAGUCCAUUAGAUUCUGGAAUAUGCCUGGUGCCACACUGACACCGAAUUGCAGCCGCUUUACCCUGAACGCUCCUCUGUGCGUCACAAUCGUCUGUGCCUCUGCUGUGGCCUCAUCUACUGGCAGCUGUUGAUAUGCUUGGGCCAAGUCCAGCUUGCCAAAAUUUUCGACCCAGCCAGGGUGGCAAGGACAUGGCUGACCACUGGCACUGGGUAUGCAUGGGCCGUGAGGGCCUUGUUUAUGGUACAUUUGUAGUCUGCGCAGAUGCGGACCGAACCAUUAGGCUUGACGGGUGUGACGAUUGGGGUUUCCCAGGGGGUAUUAGGCACCGGCUCCAGCACUCCUUGCUCCACGAGCCUGUCCAAUUCCUCCUCUAUACAGGGUUUCAGGGCGAACGGGACCCGGCGGGCCUUGAGCCUGACCGGUCGUACUGCGGGGUCAAGCUGUAGAGCAAUGGGGGGGCCGUAUACUGUCCCAAUUUCCCAUCGAAAACCCCUGGAAAUUCCUUGCAGAUGGCGUCCACGUCCACUUGUAAGGUAGUGUGGUUCACCCCGGUGAUGGCUAGCCCCAGUGGUCCAAACCAUGCCAAUCCCAGUAAGCUAAUGUAGGGGCCCUUGACCACAAGCAAGUCCAGUUGCCGCGUCCGCCCUCGGUAUUGCACCCUGAAGGUCCCCACCCCCAUUGUGGGGACCUUACGUUUCUGGAAGUCCCGGAGGGUGAAUGGGGCCGGCCUGAGUUUGGGACCCCCGUAGGACACAGUUUCCUUAAGGUCCUUGCCGAGAUUAUGGAUAGAGUUGAACCCGUGUCAAGCUCCAUGCGGCAUGGGGCCCCCUCUAUCUGUACCUCUACAUAAAUUUUCUCUACGUUGGGGUGGGGCAACUGGUAUACCUGGAAGUCCGUGAGCUCCGUAGAGUUGCCUUGGUGCGUUGGGCCCCGGGACCUGGGGCACUUGGAUUGGUCAUCUGAUGCCUGGCGUCGGGUGGGCCGAGCUCGACACACCCGGGCGAUGUGUCCCAAUUUUCUGCACUGCCUGCACUCUGCGUUGCGGAAACGGCAGGUCCUCCUCUCGUGACUUUCCCCGCAGCUUGCGCAGUUCCCUCCUUCUCGUCGAGGCAGCUGUGGUAUGUGGGCUGCUUGAGUGCACUGCUGUACUCGGUGCACCUCCUCCCUGUCGGAUCCUGAGUCGUCGGUGAGCUCUUCGUGGUGGACCCUCAGUUGGGAUGGCAGGCUCAGCCGUGCCUCUUGCGUCGACCUCUUGGCAGCUUCCGUUGCCAGGGCCUCCUCCAGAGCGACCUGGAACGUUAGGUCCUUCUUGGCGUAGAGGCGUCGUUGCAGCUUCUCAUCCUUCAGGCCACCGACGAGGCGGUCACGAAGCAUGUUCUCCAGCUCUGAGAAGUUGCAGAACCAGGCAGCUUGGCGGAGAGAGGUCACAAACCCAGUUAUGGUUUCCCCAGGGGCUUGCCACUUUGCGUAGAAGGCAUUUCGACGAGCCACCACUGAGGGCUGUGGCGAAAAGUGCCCCUUCAGCUGUUCCAUUAUUGUUUUGUAUGGAACAGUAGCGACGUCUUCAGGUGCAAGGAGAGCCCGGGCGAUUUCAAAUGUCUCCUCUCCGCAGAUGCUGAAGAAUAUCGCCCUCUUCUUGGUGUCUUCUUCAUCGGUGACCCCUUUGGCUUCUAGGAGGAAGGUGAAACGGGAGGCGUAUGCUUCCCAGUCUCCAGAUGCUGGGUUGAACGGCGAGAAGUUGCUGUCAGUUGCCAUUCUGAGUUCCUUGUGUCCCGGAGCUGAAGCCUGGAUACACGGUGCGAGGCAGCGGUGCGGCAGGUGGCGGUGCUGCGGUGCUGUGUGUGGCAGUCAGCUUAGCGGGAUCCCAUCCUCGUCGCCAGUGAAAUAUACUCAGAGUUGCAAAGUGAUUUCAUGCUCUUUAUUCAGCUCAUAGUGGUGAGGAGGAAUGAAUGAAUGUCCCCUCAAAGUAUCUGCUUUAUAUACAUUAUUUACACAAUGGGCUGCACAUGAUUGGUUAAUUCUGGAAUUCUACUGUAAGCCAAUCAGGUUGUGGAUUCACUUAUAUCUGGAGCAUGAUUGGGUGGUUCCUGCCAACCAAUCAUACUGCUGCAUUGUUCUUGGACCAACCAGACUGCUGCAUUCUGAAUCCUAUUGUUCUAGGACCAAUCAGACUGCUGCAAUUUGGAUCCUAUUGUUCUAGGACCAAUCAGACUGCUGCAGUUUGGAUCCUAUUCAACUCAGUACAUAACACCCUUCAUUGUGGAAAUGAUUCCUGACUCAUGAAUAGUGUGGAAAUGCUACUGGCACAUUUUGCUGUCUGAAUUCGCUCUGAGUUUGGGACGCCAACAUGCGCAUGAAAUUUGCGUACGGUAAUUUAUAUGUAUAGAUCCAAAUUUAGAAACGAUUACUAUGAAUGUAAUGGAAAUACCUCUUCCCAUAGUGAGGAAGGUACCAGUGACUUGUGCUGUUGCUCAGUGUGCUGUCCGGGUGCUGCAACGCUGUCAAAGAGCAUCUUCAAGGCUCCUGCUGCUCUCCUUUCUUAUGCUCCCUUAUGCUUAAAUCAGACUUAAGGCAGGCUGUCCUCCCAGAGCCCUUUAAAGAGAGAGAGAACUGUCCUCUGCAAAGCUGGAUAUGUGGCCAUUUUGCUUGCAAUGGGAAGAGACUUGGAGGAACUCCUUGUGCCACUGGACAUCAAGCCAGUAUGUGAAAGGUGAGUAGGGUACACAACGUGUAUUGAAAACUCAGGCCCAUGGCCCUGUGCCUGCAAUUAGUCCUUCCUGUUUGGGGGUGGGGCGGGGGGAUAGCUGGCCUUGGCUCAGGAGCAGCUCAGCCUGGGAAGAAGUGACAGGCCUGUCCGGUUGCUGAAAGGUGUGGCAUAUGUGGCACAGACCAUGCCUGCCGCCGCCGGCUGUUUCCGAGAACAGUAGGCAGAGGAUCAGGAACAUCCUGUACUGUGUAGGACAAGGAGACUCUGUCUCCCGCUUCUCUGUCUCGCUGUACCUGGAGUUUUGAAGUGGGUGUUUCCAAAAAGUCAAAUCUUUAUUCAAUGUAAUCUUCAUCUUGUGUGCUCCUCCCUGUAUUAUAUGUAUGUGGGAUAGCUCAGUUGGUAGAGCAUGAGACUCUUAAUCUCAGGGUUGUGAGUUUGAGCCCCGCUUUGGGUGAAAAAUUCCUGCAAUCCUGGCACAGUCCCUACCAGCUCUACAGUUCUAUCAUUCUGUGAUUUUCUUACCAUCUUCCCACAGAGUUUGGCUUGUCCCACUGGAUUUAGUCUCAUGGCAUGGUUCUUUUCUGGUGAGUCCCAUGGGCCUCUCAGGACAUGGUGUUUUGAUGCAAGUGUUUUAUGCAUCAUGCCGGACUUUGGUAAUAUGGUGCCUGAGCAAGGACAAAAUUUGGCACAUGCACCUCUUUCUUAUUUCACAAAAAAUCCUUUUGGUACAGUUACCUUUUUAAUGGUUCUUCUCAAUAGUAUUAUGUAUCCGCUUGGCUCAGGGCUCUCUGCAGGGGAACCACCCACACUGCCCUAAAUCCGGCACUGAUUUGUACUGGACCAUCCAAACUUUUCCUGCUUUGUAAGUUGUUCUGCGAUGCUUUCCUGAUUGCUGUCUAGCAGUUACUUUUGCCCCAUAGCACAACAAAAGUGGGACCAAAAUAACAAGAGCAGGUAUUUGCCAUAUGACAAAUUACAGGAUUUAGACAGGACAUAUGCAGAUUGGAAACAAAGCAGUGUGCCUCCCCCAAAACGUUUUCAGGCACCAAACAGUAUUGAAAGUGGGAUGUUGUAUAACUGCCCCAAUACCAACAUGAAUGCACAAUAAAAAGGACAUGUGGAGGGUCAGUAGACACCCAGGAGUAGGGCUGGGUGAGACCUGGUUUUCAACAUUGUGAUAUAUAACCAGCUAAACAUAAUGAUAUACUGAUAUAUCACCAUGUCUGAAAUAAGGAUGGAGAUAUGUAGAGGCAUUAGCUGGCCUCACAGAUUUUCCUACAUUGUGGUUUUUGCAUAACACACACACACACAUACACAUCAUGAUUCGCAAUAUAUUGCCAGGUCAAAAAUGAUGAAACCAAUAUCAUGAUAUGAACUUCAAACUGGUUGGGACAGCUGCUUCCCAAAGUCCAGCAAUGCUGGUACAUUCAGUCUCCAGGAUGAGGACCCCCAAGAUUGCUCCACUGCUUGGGGUGGGAUAUAAAGCUGUCAGUCAAGUCCAACAUUCCGAGAGGACUACCAUAUUUUUUGCACCAUAACACUCACUUUUUUCCUCCUAAAAAGUAAGGGGAAAUGUCUGUGCGUGUUAUGGAGGAAAUGCCUACGGGUGGCAUGCCUACGGAUUUUCCUCCUCUAAAAACUACGUGCGUGUUAUGGUCGGGUGCGUGUUAUAGAGCGAAAAAUACGGUAACUCCCUCUGUGUGGCAGGCAGUUCUGUCAGUUGGUCGGUUGCUGCAAGGAGUGUUAACUGGCAGCUGCUCAGAUGCAGUCUUCUCCUGACUCACUACUAUCUAGUAUAUAGUUUAUAACCUAAGCCUGCCUUCAGGAACAACUCUGUAAACCUGAAUGAAUCUGCUAGUAAAGUAGUUUAUGUUAAUAUGAUUUUGAUUCAUGUGUGUUUUCUUUAAGAGGGGCAGAAGGGAUUAUCAACCAGGAAGGUAUAAUUAUUGAUAGGACUCAAACGAGUUAGCAACCUGCUUGUUGCUGCAUAAACUCAAGCAGGGGAUCGUUUAAACUCUGCUAAAUUAUAUAAACGUUCCCACACUUGGGAGGAAUUGGAGAAGCACAGGGCACUCACAAAGCUCCCUUGCCUGCUUCUCAGUGCCUGUCUGUUCCCUAUUUUGUUCCUGCUUUCCCGUUGCCUUUGAUCGCUCAUCAAGGCGUCAAGCGAGGUGUAACAUGGCUGGCUGUUGACAGGAGUUAGCCUUGCAUGAAGCCUUGAUGCCUAUUUUGUUGCUGCAAAGCUUCUUUCCGUCCCGCCUCCUCUGACAUCCUUCCUGUCCUCCUUGUUCCAAAAUGUAUUUUCUUGUCAGAAAAUGAUCCAGCUGGCCCAGGUUCAAGGGAGUGCUGCCCUGAGGGACCUGAAAGUGAACUUUGGGUUCCAGCACUUGCCGUGCUGCUUUGAGGAGUUAUUCUCAUGUUGGCUCUGAUUCAGGGGAAGUUAGGCCCCAUCUGCGCUGAGCACUUGACGCAGUACCAUUUCAAACAGCCAUGGCUUCCCCCAAAGCAUUCUGGGACCUGUGGUUUCUCAAGGGUGCCAAGAGUUGUUAGGAGACCCCUAUUCCCUUCUACGAAGUUCCUGGGGAAGAGCGAUUAACGGUUAAACCACUCUGAGAAUUGUAGCUCUGUGAAGGUAACAGGAGUCUCCUAUCCACUCUUGGCACCCUUGAGAAACUACAGGUCCCAGAAUGCCAGUGGGCAUGGCCCUGUUCCACCCUCCAUAUGACUUAUCAUCCCAUGAAGGGAAUGGAUGGAAAGAGUUCUUGACUGAAGGGAAUUUCUGUAUGUGCAAUAAGAAUUAAAACCUUGGCAUACCAGCACUGAGCUGUGGGUCAGCCACCCCUGGGCAAUUGUUCUAGGUGAGGCAAUGGUGCUGAGAGAGCAACCUGCAUGUACUGAUGGGAUCUGCAAGGGAUGCAGGAGAAUGUGGGUGCCAUGACCUCACUUUAGGGUACCUGGAAGUUGCUGUCUGCUUGCUCGUGCAGUGACUAUAGUCUUUCUGGUUCCUGUGUGCAAGAGAGAGAGAGAGAGAGAGAAGUCACUGGGCAGAAACUGCAGUUCAUUUGAAGAGAGCCAGGAGAUGGAGAGGAGCUUGGGAUCACAGGAGGUGGUUCAUGGCUCCUGGGUAGGGGACUUAGGUACUGCUGGGGCUUAGGGAUCCAAUCAGCAACAAAAAGGGAAAGCUCAGUGGUCAUAAUAUCUAAAUAAUGUCUCAUGAUUCCCUGCUCUCUGUAUAUUCUCUGCUGGAAAACAAAUAACAACUAUCUUCCCUUUUGGGUGGGGAGCAGGUAAGAGUUGAAUCCUCUAUUUGGAAUUCCAAAUGUGGGUUUCCAUAGCAACUAGUUUUAGUAAAGAGGUGAGGCAGGGGAGAGAGGCACCUGGGACCUCCCAAUGUUGCAGUUGUCAGAAUGCUGCAUGGUAAGUCCCUCCUGGAAACAUCAUUAGCAUCUCAUUGGUGCCUCCUGGAACUCACAUGACCAAACACACAUGUACCCCCGACUCCUGAACUGGCAAGAUCUCCUGCACUGGGGAGGGUGAAAGUCCCAAAUAAUCCUAGCAGUGGAGGGAUGCUUGUGUGGAAUAUGGAACACAGUAGCAUUUGACAUGCCCCACAAGGAACAUGAAUCCGGCAGAUGGGGCAGGACUUUACCCUUAGUGAUACCCAGUCGGGGAAAAUAGGCUCAUCAUCACCAGAUAACACUGCUUCUAGGCUGCACCUACUGUGUCAGAUUACAAGCGGUGGUGUGGAAAUAAUAAGAUUGGAAACUUUCCCCGCCACCGCAUAUAAUCACCUUAAUUGCUGAUACAUAGGCAAUUAUCAUGGCAUGGAGAAGGCUAGGCAAUAGCUAGGGACACCAUGUGCCCUAUUCUGCAGUGGAUGGUUCUCUGUUUUGAAAGUGUCUUUUAUUUGAGUGUUCAUUCAGACUUCCUUUUGUGCCACACUUUCCAGGCACAGGUUCAUGUUUUAAAGCUCCAUGUCUGAGCAGAAUUUUUUCUGCCCUGGCACUUUCCCUAGGGAAGCCCGUUAUUUACUGCUGAAUUGGAGAAAACGACAAUCCACAGGAAACGCAAUUGUCUCUAUUGUUGCCUGUUUUUAAAUCCCAUGUUAAUUGGUCUGAACUUGAGAUGUCUAAUGCAGUAUAUUGGGUUCUUGCAGGACAACUUCAGUUCUGAGUAGAUACCUUCAUGUUUGCGUAUAUACAGUGGUACCUCGGGUUAAAUACGCUUCAGGUUACAGACUCUGCUAACCCAGAAAUAGUACCUCGGGUCAAGAUCUUUGCUUCAGGAUGAGAACAGAAAUUGUGCGGCGGCAGCGGAAGGCCCCAUUAGCUAAAGUGGUGCUUCAGGUUAAGAACGGACCUCCGGAACAAAUUAAGUACAUAACCAGAGGUACCACUGUAUAUAGCCCAGAGGUUUUCAACCUUUUUGAGUCCAUGGCUCCCUUGACAAUCUACAUUCUCUCUGUGGCACCCCUGUGGGGCUCAGGAGCCCAGUUAUGUCACCCUUUGCCUGCAAAGCUGGCAGAUUCUCACCCUUUCUCAAACACCCUUCCUUGUGGAGUGUUCCCUCAGUCUCCUCUCCUCUCCCCUCUCCUUCGGAGUCUUCUGGGCAGCUGCCCCUAGUCUCGCCCCAAAGAGAAGUGCCUCCCAGAGGCACCAUCAGCCUGCGGAGCUUAUAGCCAGGGCUGCUGCAAAAAACAGCUGUGCAAGCUUUUGGGAGGCAAAGUUGUAAGAGGGCAUCAGGGAAGAGAGGGAAGGAAAGAGGGACAGAGGCCAGCAUUGCCUGCGACGCCCGUGACUAUCAUUCAAGGCACCCCAGGCACAGCAGACUGGUUGAAAACCACUGAUAUAGCCUAUUUAUGGCUUUGUUUCUGUUUGGAGCAAUUGGUCUGCUGCUUGGCUGGAGGUCCUGGCUAGCACCUUAGCUUGGUUUUGUAGGUAACAACCCACUGCUAUCUGUUCAUGUGCCCUUUGCUGGAUUCUGCAACUCAGAGGUUACUCAAUUAUUCAUAAAUAUUGGUUUUUCUCCAUUAUGUUUACACUUUUGGGCCGAUCCCAACCAUAUCAUUAGUAAUGUGUACACAGUGUUGAAUGAUGUCACACGCCGGGUGCCUGUGACCUUGCAUUGUGAAAUUACCAUUUUACAGUUUCACAACAAAAUAAUCCCAGGGUUCUGGUGCACACGACUGUUUCAUGUGGGGUUCAAGGGAGUGCUGCCCUGAGGGACCUGAAAGUGAACCUUGGGUUCCAGCACUUGCCGUGCUGCUUUGAGGAGUUAUUCUCAUGUUGGCUCUGAUUCAGGGGAAGUUAGGCCCCAUCUGCACUGAGCACUUGACGCAGUACCAUUUCAAACAGCCAUGGCUUCCCCCUAUUCCCUUCAUAGAGCUACAAAGUUCCUGGGGAAGAGCGAUUAAUGGUUAAACCACUAAGAAUUUGGCACACCAGCACUGAGCUGUGGGUCAGCCACCCCUGGGCAAUUGUUCUAGGGGAGGCAUUGAUGCUGAGAGAGCCUCAAAGGAGCCUCAAAGGAGUGUGCAAUAUUCUCCCCCCCACACACACACAUUUUAUCCUCAUAAGAAUCCUGCGAGGUAGGUUUGGCUGAGAGGCAGUGGCUGGCCCAAGAUCACCCAGUGAGCUUUCAUGGCCGAGUGGCGACUCAAACCCUGGUCUCCCAGGUCCUAAUCCAACAAUCUAACAAUAGCACCACACUAGCUCUUCUGUGUAGAAGCAGGGGUGGGGCUAUAAUGUAUGCCAGGCUGUGACAUUGUGGCCUCGUUGCUGCCCGGCUUUGCCAUUACCGUGUUGAGCAUGGAGGUCUGAAGAGAGAAGGGUUUGGGCAGGCAGCUGCUCCCACAUCUGGGCUCCAUGAAACCAGGAAGGGUGCCUUUUUUAAGACCUUGGUGCUUGGCAUGCAAAACUCUUGGGAGACUCAUGGGGUGGAGCUAGAGACCUGGCCCCACUUCUGCUUCUCUAUGAGCCCCCCCCCCCCCCCGAGCCAGCGCAUUAGCCGGGCUACUGGCUCUCUUCAGGCAUCCACUGCCUGAGUUAAGGAGGCACGUGAUGAGGGGAGUGGGGAUCAGAUUCCCCCCAGUGCUAUUCUGAUUGCCCUCCCCAGCAUGGAACUCUGCACACAUUUCAGAACCCUGGAAAAUCAGGAUCCUCUAAACCACAUGAGGAGGAGCAGACCCCUUGCUUCAUAUAGUUACCCUUGAACUCCUGGAGGGUGACCCAGAACAACAACAACAGGGGUGGAGGUAGUGAAUUCAUCCCUGCAGCCCCCCACUUUCAGAUUACUUACACUUCAGGCAUUUGCUACCUGGUUUAAGUGGGACCUCCAAAGGCCUGAUCUGCUUUGAACCAAAGGGAUUGGGCUGACAAAAACCAUAUUUGAUCAAAACCAAUCAAAUGUGCCUGGAUAGCUCAGUUGGGCAGAGCAUGAUGCUGGUAAUGCCAAGGUUGCAGUUGUGUGGGACAGCUGCAUAUUCCUGCAUUGCAGGGGGUUGGGACUAGAUGAUCCUCAUGGUCCCUUCCAACUCUACAAUUCUAUAAAAUAACCUUCCACUGACCAGUGCAGGUGGGGGAGGUAAGGCUCAAGGUUUGCUCUCAUCUGUAAUGCCCUUUCCCAUCAAUGCAACGCAGCUCCACACUCAAACUUAAAAAAAUAAAAAUUAAAAAUCUCUUUUUUAAAGGUAAAAUACUGACACCUAACAAGAUACAUGGGCUUAUUGCUUGCCAUAAGUCUAGACAUUCUGGGGAGGCCUGCAUUUAUUUACAAUCUCGGGACUGGAUUGUCUGUGUGCCUUCCCCCGCUCUCCCAGCUUCUGUGAAUGCAGGAGCCUUAUUAAUAGCUCUAACAUAGCACACUUCAUCUCCAAAGCACUUUAGAGAGCGAGAGAGAAAUAGAGAGUAUAAUUAAUUAAUCAUUUAAUGCUUAGCAGCACUUAAACUGCACGCAGCUCUCCACAAGCGCGCAGGCACACAAAGCGCAGCAUAGACGUUAAGCCCUUUGGCGUACUUAACUCUCUCCGAGAUUGUGCGGAGCGUGGCCCGGAGCCAGCUAAGGAGAGGGCUGGGAAGACUCAGCUCCCUGGGCGCCUGGGUUAUGCCUGUGAGCUGCAUCCUGCUACAAAGAAUUGGCUAGAUCUGUGUGGUCCUUUUAUGUGUGGGCUUUUAAAAAAGAAAACAAAUAUAUUCAGGCGUAAAGGUUGCAGCUUGCCUGGUGGGGGCACACAGACCUCUCUUGGACCCCACUUUCCCUUCUGACAUUCACUCCAGAGUGCAUCUGCCCCCACCCCACAAAUCAUGCAUAAUCCCAGAAAAUUUCCCGCCCAUGUUCUUUUCAUAUAUGUUCUGCUUUGCCCCAGUUAUGUUUCCAUUAUUUUCUUUUUAAAAAAUACAUUACAUUUUGUAUACAAAUACGUUACUUACUGUACUAUACAAUGGUGCUGCUGUAAGUGGUGAUUUGUGGACUGAUUCUAGUCUGUGAGUCAUCAGCUGCUGGUUCCCAAUGACUCCACCACAGUCCAGGUUGGGUGGGAUGCUUAGGGACCAGAUGUGGAACAUGAGGGGCAGAAAUUGCCAGUCUAGCACGUUGGAUAGCUUGAGAAGCAAUCCUGCCACACAAGAUGGUCUGAAGGCUCCUUUUAAAGUUCUAUAGCCCCCCCCCCCAAGGUUUACAAUCUUGUAAAACAAGUACAACAGACAAUAGCCACUUUGAAUAGCUAGUGUGCAACUGCUGUCAGAUCAACAUUUGUGAAAACUAAUAUGCAUAUUUUGCAUAAUAUAUACUGGUGUUUUUAUAAGUCAAUGGAGAGGUUGUUGUUCAGUGCUUUCUUCUGGGGGGGGGGGGAUGCAGGGGUACUCAUACCCCUAAACAUUUUAUGAAUCUAAUGGGAGAAGAAACUUAAAAAAAUUAAAUUGUUAAAUUGUUGUAGUUUCUGAGUCACCUUCAAAGGUAGCCCUAAGUAGAGUACAUUGCAGUAGUCCAAGCGGGAGAUAACCAGAGCAUGCACCACUCUUGCGAGACAGUCUGCAGGCAGGUAGGUUCUCAGCCUGCGUACCAGAUGGAACUGGUAGACAGCUGCCCUGGACACAGAAUUAACCUGCGCCUCCAUGGACAGCUGUGAGUCCAGAAUGACUCCCAGGCUGCGUACCUGGUCCUUCAGGGGCACAGCUAUCCCAUUCAGGACCAGGGAGUCCUCCACACCCGCCUGCCUCCUGUCCCCCUAAAACAGUACUUCUGCCUUGUCGGGAUUCAACCUUAAUCUGUUAGCCGCCAUCCAUUCUCCAACCAUUUCCCGACACUCACACAGGACAAUCACUGCCUUCAUUGGUUCUGAUUUAAAAAGAGAGGUCAUCCACAUACUGAUGAACACCCAGCCCAACCCCCCUAAUGAUCUCUCCCAGCGGCUUCAUAAAGAUGUUAAAAAGCAUGGGGGAGAGGACAGAACCCUGAGGCACCCCACAAGUGAGAGCCCCAGGGGUCUGAACACUCAUCCCCCAACACCACUUUCUGGACACGGCCCAGGAGGAAGGAGAGGAACCACUGCUUAGCAUUGCCCCCAGCUCCUCUAGACAAUCCAGAAGGAGGUCAUGGUCAAUGGCAAGGGUCAGCGAACUUUUCAGCUGGGGGCCGGUUCACUGUCCCUCAGACCUUGUGGGGGGCCGGACUAUAUUUUGAAGGGGAAAAAAUGAAUGAAUUCCUAUGCCCCACAAAUAACCCAGAGAUGCAUUUUAAAUAAAAGCACGCAUUCUACUCAUGUAAAAACAUGCUGAUUCCUGGACCGUCCGUGGGCCGGAUUUAGAAGGCAAUUGGGCCGGAUCCGGCCCCCAGGCCUUAGUUUGCCUACCCAUGGUCAAUGGUGUCAAAGGCCACUGAGAGAUGCAGCAGAACCAGGAAACAGCUUUCCCCUCUAUCCCUAGCCCACCGGAGAUCACUGACCAGUGCAACCAAGGCUUUUUCAGUCCCAUGAUAAGGCCUGAAUCCUGAUUGGAAGGGAUCCUAAUGGUCUGCAUCCUCCAGGAGUUGUUCAGCCACUGAAAUUUAGUUCAGCUGCUCCCCUGGGAUGUUAGCUGAUAUUGCCCACACACUUUUGAGCAUAUUUUCAUAACCAGGAGGGAUAGAAUCUUGAUUUAAAAGAAGAAGGAGUGAUGCCAUGGGUCACAUCUGGCUCUCAGCCUGGCAGUUUCCUACUCCUACUCCUGCUCUUGCCCCAGAGUGUUUGCCCUGAAUUCUAAAUCUCUGGACCCAGAUGGGGCAUCCUUCCUAAAUCUCUGGAGCUUUAGUAAUAAUAACAGUAAUAAUAAUUUUAUUAUUUAUACCCCGCCCACCUGGCUGCCAUCUUUCCUAAUCAUGAGGAACGGCAUUUGCUGUAUAAAUUACCUUACACUUCCUACGGUAUCUCAGUUAGGCCUUAAAUAGGCACUGGUGUGGGUUGUUGCUCUUGUUUUUGGUGAUAUGUAAAUUUUAUUUCAACUUACCGGUAAUUGGCUUAUCAAUAAAUAAGUUGACAGCCCUAAGGGAGGGAAAUAGAGCCUUCUGAUUAUGCAGUUUCUCAUCUGUCCUCUUAGUCAUCUGCGUGUGGACAUGGAAAGUGACAAAUUGGAGGAGGGUGUCAUUCUCACUCAAGCAUGCUCAGAGAACAUGUGCGCACUUCAGAGAACACUAGUGAGUGUGUGUCUUGUGUGUCUGUGUGUCAAUGUGUGGAGUGCUGGCAGAGAAGAAGAGCAAAGGAUGAUGAUCUGUCUUCAGGAGUCCUUGAUUGUUAGUGCAUAUUUUGCCUGUAAUUCAUCCUUCUUCUCCUGCAGAAAAUAGUGACUGUUUUCCUUGAAAAAACUGACCCAGAUCUUAAGUAGCAGAAGUGAAGCAAAUCUAAAGCAAGGUGCCUCUGCCUGUUUUGGUGGUGUGUGUGUUACAUUCUUCCUCUUCCACCCCCCACAUCCUCAUGGUCCCUACACCUCACUGUUCAGAACGGCCCCCUGAUCUUCUGCAGAGGCUUUAUGAGGGGCUGGAGGGGUCAGGAAAAUCCCCUUGCUCAAGCUUCCUUCUUCUCUUGCUGUUUGUGAUGCAAGCUAGCAUUAAUGAUGGUGAUCCUGUGCUGUCAUACAGUUAUGGAGAAAGGCUUUAAAGUGCACCACACACACUACAUGGCUGCAAUCCUAUAACUUAGGUUCAGCUUGUACAAUUAUAGUUGAUUCAGAGGCCUUGUGCAAGGAACCUACUUUUCCCAAAGAUUGGGCUUUCUACACUAAGGAAAGUGAUGGGAAAAUAUCCUGGAAAAGGUAGGAUAGCUGCCGUUAAGAUGGAUUUGGCAGCAUCAAAUGGCUGAGACUGAAUUUAGAGAGGCUGUGUACCACCAAAAUGCACAUGUCUGCAGCAUGGACUGUAAUUUGCACCUCCCAGUGACCUCAGAAGCUCAUGCAAUGAGAAAGCUGCAGUUAUUCGGUCAGCGACCAGUGUGUUGGCUGCCAUGUUUCUCAGUCUGUAUCUAUGCUGACUUCCUCUAUCCUACAAAUUGGCUUAAUGGCUGAUUUGUCUCUCCAGGGAACCUGGGAGGUGGGGAUCUGUCUAUGAAACAAGUGCCAGCUAGAGGCCUCCUAACCAGUUGUAGCUCUAAGGCAGGAAAUGCCAACCCAGUGCCCUCUAUAACAUGUGCUACAAUUCCCAUAAGCCCCCACUAGUAUGAUCAGUGGUCAGGGAUAAGUGAAGUUGUUGUCUGUGGUAUCUGGGUGGCACCAUCUUGACUUCCUCUGCUCUGGGGUUUGGGUGGGUUCAAGGUGUCCUCAGAAGAUUGAUUUUAAAAUGUGGGAGGCACUGCUUUUCACUUGGACAUCAGACAAACCUCCCAUUGGAAUAUGGAAAGUCACUUAAUUUACCGGUUGGAGGAAAGGGAACUGUCUUAUGCUCCUUUUGCCCACCCUCCCCCUACACUUGCAGUAAGGUUGGCACUGGCAAUAUCAUGAAAGAGCACAAACCAGGGAUGCAGAACCUGUUGCCCUCAUGAUGUUGUUGGACUCACAAAUUCUGCCAGCCCCUACCAGCAUGGCCAAUUGUCAGGGUUGAAGGGAGAUGUAUUUCAGCAACAUCUGGAGGGCCAUAGAUGUCCAGAAGGAUCAUGCUGUGCUCCAGGAGCUGUCUGUUUAUGAAUGCCACCCUUGUCUCCUACUGAGGUCUAUCCUAAACAGGUCUUCUUUGGGAUGUCUCUUUGCAAAUAGAGCUGUCAGUCUGGGCACUGAACCUGGGGCACACCAUAAAAAGGCUUCUACUGCACCAGUUUCGAGGUGCAGAGAGGAGGGACGGCAGGCUGCUGAGCAGGACCAUUGUCAGUCUGCUCGUAUGCACAUGUUGCAUUAGUUCAAGGCGGUUUGCAGAUAGAUGAUGAAUAAACUGCACCCAAACAAGAAACCAAGAUCUCUGAGUUUAAAAACAACCCAGAACCAGCAGCAGAUAAAUCAGGCCAGAUGGUUACAAUAUUAGACUAAAAAAUAUUUUAAUCUCACACUGUGGCAACAUUAAAAACACAGGCGCUGAUUUAAAAUGCCUUAGUGUAAAUAAACAUUUUCAUCUGCUGCUCAAAGGGAAUUUAUCAGAGCAAUUCACAGCUAUUUAGAUCUAAGUAGAUACCCUUUGAAAAGAGAAUUACGUUUCCUCAGGGGUUGUAUUUCCUUAUAUUGGCAAGGGUAUUUGGCCCUCACUGGUAAUGUGGUGCUGCCUCGAUUAUUUGACACCAGCUUCCAACUGGUAGUUGGCAGACAGAGCCAGCCUGGUGGUCCCCUGGUCUCAAGCCCCCCUUCAACCAUGGACUUAGCUCACUGGGUCAUCUUUGACUUAACACCAUCUCUCAGCCCAACCUACGUCACAGGGUUGUCUCAGGGAUAUACGGAGGAGAACUGUGAAAGCCAUCACUGAGUACCUUGGUGAAAAGGCAUAGUAUGAACAGAACAAAAUAAAGAAAAGUCACAUCCUGUGGCUUUGUAGUUGCUGUCCAUUUAUUGCCUGUCUCUCUACCCAUUUUGCUAUAUUUAAGUGUUUGGACAAAAGUGGUUCUGAGUGCCUAACGCCCCCACCCCUCUCCCACUCUUUUUUCUUAUAGAUCCGAAGACGUCGCCCAACUCCAGCUACCUUGGUCUUGAGCAGUGACCAGUCAUCUCCUGGUGAGAGCCAAAACAUACUCAUCCAUAUUUUGGGGUGUCUCACUAGUUUGUGGGAGCAGCUUCAGAAAUAAACAAGGAGACCUUUGUCACAGGGGCUGUUGCACUGUUCAGCCAUUUUAUUGGCCUAGAAGAUGCCCUUAUGGAUCCCUAACAUAUACCUUGCUCUAUCAUGGGCAAUGAGAACUGUUUUCUUGGCCAAUUGUUCCCCUGAAGGGCAUGUUAUAUGUAGGGCUGCCUCUGAAGAUGGUUUGGAAACUUCAGCUGGUGCAGAAUUCAGCGGCUAUGUUGCUCCAUGGGGCUAGACGGUUUAAGCAUAUUAUACCAAUCUUGGCCCAACUGCACUAGCUGCCAAUUAGUUUCUGGGUCUGAUUCAAAGUGUUGGUUUUGACCUAUAAAGCCUUAACCAGCUGAUGACUGCAAUACCUGAAGGACUGCCUCUCCCCAUAUAAACCAGCCCAGACCCUGCAGUCAUCACCUGAGGCCCUUCUUUGUGUGCCUCCUCCAAGGCAGGUCCGGAGGGUGGCAGCACAAGAAUGGGCCUUCUCUGUAGUGGCUCCCCGUCUGUGGAAUUCUUUCCCCAAGGAGCCUUACCUGGUGCCUUCGUUAUACACCUUUAGGCGCCAGGUGAAAACAUUCCUCUUCAACCAGGCCUUUGGCUGACUGACACUUGAUGCCCUUUUAAAUGUGUUGUAGGGGGAUUAUUAUUAUUGGUUCUUAUUUUUUAUUAUGUAUUGGGGGUAUUGUAUUUUUAUGUUACGAGUCACCCUGAGAUCUACAAAUGGAAGGUGGUAUGCAGAUUUCAUAAAUAAAAUGUUGCAAGGUGUUUGUUGAUGGCCUGUGUCUCCCUGCUGGUUUUUUGAGAGGUCUUCUUUUUUAUUGGCAAUCACUCGUAGCUGAGAAAGAUGGACCUAGUGCAAGAAGGUGGGCAACCUACAGCCCUAGAGCUGCAUAGGGCCUUCAGCUGAAAUCUGUUACCUCACCCUGCCCUCAAUAGUUUAGGACCAGGCUCUUUGAAGGACUUCCUGUACCCAUAUGCAGCUACCUGAACUUUAAAAUUGGUCUCAGAGGUCUUGCUCACGUUUCCUUUCAUCAAGAUCUAUUAAACUGGCAGUGACUAGAGACAGGGUCUUCUCAGUGUUGGCUCUGCACCUGUGGAGCUCCCUCCCGAGGGAUACAUGCAGCUUCUUUCUACCACAGUGCUAUGAAACACCCUCCCUGGGGCAGUGUCUUGCCCCUCUUGAUUUCUUUCAAUUGAGUUUUUUACCUGUUUUUCUUGUGGGAGGGUUACAUGUUUUGUGGAGGUAUUGCCUGCUUUUUUGUGCAUUUUUGGUUUUUAUUUUGCAAUGUGUGUUCAGUAUUUUUUGACUGGCUCUUUGUGGGGGGAGAGAUGUGGGUUCUGAGCAUCACCAACUUUUCUCUCUGUGAAAUGGGCAUUUUGUGAUACUCUCAACAGUUUUUUCUUAGAUUUCCACAUGCCCCCUCUCCAGGUCCAGAAUGUUUGCCCUCCCCCAUCAUUCUUGCACAUUGGAGCCCCAAGAUGCUUUUGAUAAAUUUAGGAGAGAACCUCCAGAAAGUGACUUUUAUGGCUGAGUGGGGAUUUGAACCCUGGUCUCCAAGGUCCUAGUCCAGUCCUCUAACCACUACACCACAGUGGGUCUCUGGAUAUCCCUUGUGGGUUGCUGUCCCAAAGACAAGAGCGGGAAAAUUCAGCUGAACUGGACAAACAGGAAAGCAUCUUCUUUCUUAGCAGGGAGCAACAUCUCUGGAAAAAGACCUCACUUGUUGUCUGUGCAGGCCUCUCCUUCCUUUCCCUUUCCUGUCAGUCUCCCACAGCUGCAGCCGGCCUGCACAAGACUUGACAGUCUCAGUCCCUGGUUGCAUUCUCUGGCUUUUCUUGCAUGCUGGAUAAUUGACCGCCUGUCUGACCUGUGUUUCUCUCUACUUCCUUGUCUGUCUGAAUAUUUAGGAAGUUGUCAUGGUGGAUUGUUGAUUUGGCAAAUAAUGCUGAGAGCAAGCAAUAGUCAGCAAGCCAUGACAUCUUUUUGUUGGUGGGGGAAGGGAGGGUGACUGGAGAAGCCUCUGGUGCCAAAGGGGGCAUUAUUUUCUUAGAUUAGGAGCUAGGAGGAAUCUGGAGUUCAAAGCUGGACAACACUGGGAUUUUAAUGGGACUCAUCUUAAUGCUGGCUCAGUUGGUUAGAGCGUGAUGCUGAUAAUGCCAAGGUAGCAGCUUUAAUCCCUGGACGGGACAGCUGCAUAUUCAGGUUGUACCAGAUGAUCCUCAGGGUCCCUUCCAACUUCUAUGAAUCUGUAAGGGCAGCCUGUGUAGGUGACACCUCAAUGGAGCUCAGUGGCAGAGCACCUCUUUUACGUGCAGGAAGUCUGUGGUUCUACUCCUGGCAUCUCCAGGCAGGGCUGGGAAAGGGAGCCUGUCUGAAGCCCUGGAGAACCGCUGCCAGUCACCAGGCUUGAUGUCUGAUUUGGUGUAAGGCAGCUGCCUCUGGUCCACUAGGAUUAUAUUGGGGUCAGAAUUGGGAGUGGACCUUCUCACACCAGUCACUGGAUCACAAUGACAGGACUGAUCCAGGGGAAUUUUGUACUUAUUUGAAUGCAACACCUGCCCCCCCCCCCCGCCCCAAUGUGGGGGCCUAUCGUCACCUUCAUGGGGUAAGCAUGGAUUACUAAGGCGUGUUGAAUUUUUAGACUUUCAAAUUCCAAGAAUGAGGGGUGCUAAAAAGUUGGGGAAUUCAAAAUAUAUUUCGCUUAAAUUAAUUAUUCUUGCUUGAUAAGUAAAAUGUGUGUAAAAUUGCAUAGAAAACAUUAACAAUGAUUGCCAAGUACUUGCAGUUAUAUUAUUAAUUAAUUAAUUAGCAUUAUUUGACAUUUUCAGAAGGUAAAAUUAAAUUUCUUUGGUUGUCUGAAAGCAGUUUAUGUGUUUCUUCAUCAAACAUAGACUUAUGAAGUUAACUGUUGUCCAAUCAUAAAAAUAAUAGCAAAUUUUAAUUACUCACAUCCAAAAACAUAUUUUUAAGACCACUCACUGAAUAAAUUUAUAAAAAUUCAGUUUUACCUCUAAAACAACACACCCUAAUAGAUGACUACGUUUGACUCCGCAACUGGAGACCCCUCCAUGGAUGGAACUGCCAAGAUGCUCAUGCUCACCCUUAGAAGACCUCUUGGACCAAUCCAUUCUGUAAAGGAAAGUGUGGCUAUCCCAUUAAGGACACUGGCUCUCUCUAGCAAGCUGACAAAUGUCAGCGACAUUCUGCUGAGCAUGGCAGACUUGGUAAAAGCAACCUCUCUUAGAUGAUCAAAUAUGACCCUCCAGGACUCCUAAGGACAUAGCAUAUUCCUAAAAUCCUCAAGAUUUUGGUGCCCCAGAGUGGGAAAUGGGCAGCACUGUUCCAGGAACAGCCUUGCUAUACUUUUUACUGGAGGGAAAUAUGCUUUGGCCUAGAGGGAGCUCUGUUUGAGCAGUCUAUGAAAGAUAUCCAUCACAGAAUAAGGAUGCAUGGCAACAUGGUUAUUUCCAAGAUGUCCAAAGCAAAAAACAUUGCACUGUAUUGCUUAGGUGCUGGUGCAGCCUCUGAGGCCAGCUGGCUGAGCUGACAUCAUGGCAUGGCAAGUCCAUAAACAUAGCAAUUGCUCAGGGAGAAAGAAUGUCUGUAGUUCAGGUUCCAUGAGGGAAGUGAAAGGUGUCAGCUUGGCUGAGCUUAAAACCCCUCGCAUACAGAAGGAGCAGAUACCUGUGGACCUCCAGAUGUUGCUGGGCUCCCAUCAGCCCUAGAUCAAUGUUCAAAGGUCUAUGAGAGUCACAAUCCAGCAACAUCUGGUUCCCCACUCCUGCUCUAGGGACAGGAGCACUUGUCUGAGAAAGAGGAACCUGAGGAUAGUGGAUCUUCUGGACAAAGGCAAUGAAGAAUUGAGGUGAGAAGGGGCCGACGAGAGAGGGAGCUCUGAGGAAGUGCUUCAGGUUAAGAUGUAGGCUGCAAGGAAUUGGAAAAGGGUACAGAAGGAAUGCCAAGGGAGGUGGCCAAGGGUUAGGGUGGCUGACAUAAUAAGGAGGCAUCCAAGGAAAUAACUUCAGUAUGGUGCCUUGGGACAAUAACAGCUCAGCACUCUUGGCAGGCAGACAGGAAAGGGAGGAAGCCAAGAAGGGCCCAGUCUCUGUUUUGUCUUUUUAGAUACCCCCCCAAAGGUCCUGCAAGGCAAUUCUUGGCAAAAUUGAUAAUAUGGCAUAACCGAUCUAUAAAACCCUCAACCAUGAGAGUUCAUGAGGCACAAUACCUCUAAAUCCAAGUGGCUUUGGGGCUUCAGAACAGGGGUCCUCAAACUAAGGCCCGCAGGCCAGAUUUGGCCCGCCAGGCUCGUCAAUCCGGCCUGCCAGCCAAAAUGCCACGCCGUGCGAGGACUGACAGAGCGAGCUCAAAUUUGCUCCUCUCUGUGAUGAGGGGAGACGCAUCUCCUCGCCAACUGGAUUUCUGCCUGUGGGCAGCCGUGACUGGACACAAUUCUUAUGUUCUUAGUGCUUAUGAGAUUAUUUUGGCUUUCUGGAGGACUAGAUGAAUUGCUGUGUGUGUGUGUUUAUUUGGAUUUAUAUCCUGUCUUUCCUCCCCAAGGAGCUCAGGGUAGAUUUAUAUACAGUAUAUACUGUAUUUUUCCGCGUAUAAGACACCCCCAUGUAUAAGACGCCCCCUAUUUUGAGGGAAUCCGAUUUAAGAAAAUGGGGGGAAAGAUCUAUCCGUGUAUAAGACAUCCCCAAAUUUUGGAAAUUAUUUUUUAGGAAAACAACCUAGCCUUAUACACGAAAAAUACGGUACAGUGGUGCCCUGCAAGACGAAUGCCUCGCAAGACGGAAAACUCGCUAGACGAAAGGGUUUUCCGUUUUUCGAUGCACUUCGCAAGACGAAUUUCCCUAUGGGCUUGCUUCGCAAGACGAAAACGUCUUGCAAGUUUGUUUCCUUUUUCGUAAAACCGUUAAUACCCAGGGUGCAUUGCUGGAAGAGGUGCAGUUGCGACUUGACUUCGAGGAGCAACACAUUGCACGCGGUGUGGUAGCCUUUUCUGAGGUUUUUGAGGACUUUGGCGAUUUUUGAAGCUUUUCCAAAACUUCUUUUGCAGCUCUUUGGUAAGUUAAACUUUUAAAACUUUUUUGGGGGGCUUGGAUUUUGGGUUGGGGUGUUUGGAAUUCAAGGACUUGGUGUUGUGGAGAGGUUUGCAAGAAUCUGGGAGCUUGUGUGGUUUUUUUCUGCAUUUUUAUGAUUUUCUGUGACCAUUGGGGCACUUUCUUUUUUUAAAAAAAAUAAUGGGUUUGAAUUUCUGUGUGGUGGGUGGCUGGGGGGACAGUUCAGGAGGGGUUUGCAAGAAUCUGGGAGUUUGUGUGGGUUUUUUUGAAUUUUUAUAAUUUUCUGUGACCAUUGGGCCAUGUUGUUUUUUUUUCAAAAAAAAAAUUCUAAGUUUGAAUUUCUGUGUGGUGGGUGGCUGGGGGAGCAGUUGGGGAGGGGUUUGCAAGAAUCUGGGAGCUUGUGUGGGUUUUUUCUGCAUUUUUAUGAUUUUCUGUGACCAUUGGGCCAUGUUUUUUUUCAAAAAAAAAAUCUGAGUUUGAAUUUCUGUGUGGUGGGUGGCUGGGGGAGCAGUUGGGGAGGGGUUUGCAACAGUUGGGGAGGGGUUUGCAAUUUCUGUGUGGUGGGUGGGUGGCUGGGGGAACAGUUGAGGUUUUUGAAGACUUUGGUGAUUUUUAAAGCUUUUCCAAAACUUCUUUUGCAGCCAUUUGAGGAUUUUGAAGACUUUGGUGAUUUGCAGCCAUUUCGUAAGUUAAGUUAAACUUUUAAAACUUUUUGGGGGGUUUUUGGGUUGGGUGCUUGGAAUUCAAGGACUUGGUUCAGGGUUUGAAUUCCUGUGUGGUGGGUGGCUGGGUGCUUUUGAAUUUUUUGGGUCUGAAUCACUGAUUUUUUUUUUCUUCCUGAGUUUACGAAGCUAGGAGCUGUGCUGCCAUGGGACCCAAGAAGACUGCUGCUGCAGAGGCCGGCGAGAGGAAGAAGGAGAAGGUGACGCUGGAAAUGAAGAAGGAGAUCAUCCGGAAGCACGACGGUGGAAUGCGUGUGGCGGACCUCGCCAGGGAGUACGGCAGGAACCCAUCGACCAUCGGCACCAUCCUGAAGAUGAGGGAGAAGAUCCUUGCGACUGAUGCAGCCAAGGGAGUCACCAGGAUCGUGAAGAACCGCCCAGCUGUUCUGGAGGAGGUCGAGAAGUUGCUCCUCAUCUGGAUAGAAGAGAAGCAGCGUGCAGGGGACACAGUGACUGAGGCCGUGAUUUGUGAGAAGGCCAAGGCCUUGCACGCAGACCUCAUCCGGGAACAGCCAGGAACCUCAGGCGAGCCAGAAGUCUUCAAGGCAAGCAGAGGCUGGUUUGACCGGUUCAAGACGAGAUCCGGAAUCCACAGCGUGGUCAGGCAUGGAGAGGCUGCCAGUUCUGAUGUUCCUGCGGCUGAAGACUUUGCCUUGGAGUUCCUGGAGGUUGUGAAGACGGAGGGCUACGUUCCACAGCAGGUCUUCAGCUGCGACGAGACCGGGCUGUUUUGGAAGAGGAUGCCCAAAAGGACUUUCAUCACUCAGGAGGAGGCCAAGUUGCCUGGCCACAAGCCCAUGAAGGACCGUCUGACCCUGCUCUUCUGUGCCAACGCAAGCGGCGACCUGAAGAUCAAGCCCCUGCUGGUGUACCACUCGGAGAACCCACGGGCCUUCAAGAAACACAAGGUCGACAAGGAGCAGCUGAGUGUCAUGUGGCGAUCCAACAGCAAGGCUUGGGUCACACGUGUGCUGUUUGUGGACUGGGUCAAUCUUGCUUUUGGCCCUGCUGUCAAACAGUACCUGCUGGACAACGACCUGCCGCUGAAGGCUUUGCUUCUGAUGGACAAUGCUCCUGCUCAUCCUAAAGGCCUUGAGGAGGACUUGUUGGAGGAGUUCAGCUUCAUCAACAUCAUGUUCCUGCCGCCUAACACCACGCCACUGCUCCAGCCGAUGGAUCAGCAGGUCAUCGCCAAUUUUAAGAAACUCUACACCAAGGAGCUUUUCAGGCGAUGCUUCGAGGUGACUGAUUGCACCACCAUCACCCUGCGGGAAUUCUGGAAGGACCACUUCGACAUCGUCACCUGCUUGAAGAUGAUCACCACGGCCUGGAAAGGGAUCAGCCAGAGAAAUUUGAAUUGCGCUUGGCGCAGCCUGUGGCCGGACUGUGUGGCACCAAGUGACUCUGAUGCACCAGAGUCAACAGUGGUGCAGGACAUUGUUGCCUUGGGGAGGACCAUGGGCCUGGAGGUCACAGAGGAGGACGUCAGCGAGCUGGUGGAGGAGCACGACCACGAGCUGACCACCCAGGAGCUGGUCGAACUGCAGGCAGAGGCUGCGCAGGAGCAGGCCUCGCUGGAAGAGGAGGAAGCAACUGAGGAACAGCUGUCCUCCAAAGAACUGAGGGACAUUUGCCUGAAGUGGAAGGAUGUGCAGGCUUUUGCAGAGCGGAACCACCCUGACAAGCACGUGACACGUGACCUUGCGAACAGUUUUGAUACAAGGGUCAUGUCGUCUUUCAGGGAGGUGCUGAAAAGGCGGAUGAAGCAGCAGACCAUGGACAGGUUCUUAAGCAAGAAGCAAAGAGUGGAAGAGGAACCUUCUUCUUAGAAAAUGUAAUGUACCCUUUUUUGAUUUUUAAAUGUUUUUCCUGUCAUGUUUAGAAACUUAAUUUAUUGUUCCUUCAAUUUUUGAAAUGCUCUUUACAGUAUGUGUGACUUUAAAGAGCACUUAAUAAACUCUUGUUGUACCAAAUUUGGCUUUGUUUGGACUUUUUGACCAUAGGAACGCAUUAAUUGGAUUUCAAUGCAUUCCUAUGGGAUUUCGUGCUUCGCAAGACGAAAAAUUCGCUAGACGAAAAAACUCGCGGAACGAAUUAAUUUCGUCUUGCGAGGCACCACUGUAUAUGAAAUAGUCUGUGAUGUUUUGGAUCUUUUUAGCUGUGGUAUGUUUGGACCGUAAUCGGGGUGGGGGUUUUUUGUUUUUGUUUUUUGUCUUUUUAACAUUUUUCAAGUUGUGUUUAAACAUUUCUUGUUACAUUGCCCAGAGAGCCAUGUUACAGGGCAAUUAAUGAAUAAGUGAAAGUAAGUUGGAUGUAUUGUAUUGAGCAGACGUAUAGCUGCCAGAGGUCCAACCUUCCAUCCUCCCCAAGAGGGAGGAAGCUUGGGAUGCACAGGAACUCUGCUUAUACGAUAUUGUAUUAAACAGCUGCACAACAUGGAUAAAAUGCAACUGGUGGUGAUUUCUACCACCCCUGAUUAAACAAAGUCUAGCUAUCAGAUUUCUGUCUCACAUACUGGUGUUAAAAUGCACAGGAACUGUGCUAGGGCUUAUUCUCUCCCUCCCUCCCUCCCCCCCCCCAUUCCUGCCUCCCCAUUCUACUUGUUGGAUUGUUUCUGCAGUAUUAUUUGAGAUACGGGAUGCUGGUGGUGCUGUGGUCUAAACCACUGAGCCUCCCUGCAAUGUUGCUCUGUCCCAGUUCCUGCCAACCUAACAGUUGAAAGCACACCAGUGCAAGUAGAUAAAUAGGUACCACUGCAGCAGGAAGGUAAACAGUGUUUCCGUGCGCUCUGGUUCUCGUCAUGGUGUUCCGUUGCGCCAGAAGCAGCUUAGUCAUGCUGGCCACAUGACCCGGAAAGCUGUGUGUGGACAAACACUGGCUCCCUUGACCUGAAAGCGAGAUGAGUGCCGCAACUCCAUAGUCGCCUUUGACUGGACUUAACCAUCCAGGGGUCCUUUACCUUUUACCUUUAAUUGUUUGAGAUACAUUAUUGCUUUUCCUAGUUGGGUUGAGCUCCUGUAUAUUUAACAGUGCAUGACAGGCAGAAGCCUGCUAACUGUAUUCUUCAUUCAUACCUGGGGGGGGGGGGAAUCUCUUCGAUUUCUGCCUCCCUUGCAGCUAAAUGCACAGGAACACUCCUAGGAAAAAUAGUUCACAUAUAUGAUUGUUAUAGGCAUUUUGCAGCUACAUGACAGGUAGAAAUUCAACAAAAUUCAUUCAUUUUUUUUUCAAAAUAUAGUCUGGCCCUCAACAGUGUCUGAGGGACAGUGAACUGGCCCCCUGUUCAAAAAGUUUGAGGACCCCUGCAUCAGAAUGACUUCUGUGGUCUUCCUAUUAGAGGACCAGGGAGAUGGAUUUUGUGUGUUCCGACUGAGACCCUCAUGGGAACACCUGCAUGCUCAAGGGCUAAGUAGAGCUUCCUAUUGCAAAUGUUUGUUGAAUACCACCAUGUGUAUAGAAACUAGCCCACUGUGCAAAGGUAAAAGCACACUGGGUGCCCUCUGGCUGAAAAAGCUUCCCCACCCCUUUCUCAGGAAAUGGGGCAGCUGAUAAGGCAAUACUCAUUUGCAUCACAAAUCAGGAAAGUAAUCAACACAGCCUGGGCAGGCAUGACCUUAGCUGCCUUCCCACUCUACUGGAGUGGGUGGGGGUAGGAUGUUAUGAACAUUUGCAUGCUAUUGCAUCAAGAAGGGGUACACACGUGUGUGUGUGUGUGUGUGAUUUAGCAACAAAAAGCAGUUAAAUUCCUCUAGCUGCAUAAAUUAAAGCUCUUUUAUCUCAAGGCUAAGCUGCUCCCUGGAGCUGAUAGGUGAACUCACUUUAUUCUGCUGGUAAUUGCUCAGUCUCCUUCACUCACUGCUUUGCAGCUAUGAUACUCUUUUAGAAACACAAUGGAGGGAAGAAGGGGUUUGAAUAUAUCAGUAAGGAAGGUUCUGUGCUCCAUCUCUUAGCAUGAAAGGGGUCGGCCUCAGCAGUUGUGAGUCAUGCUUCAUCAGCCAGGAGAAAAUAUCCUCCUCGGAGAGAUGGAAAGUGGCAAGAAUGAAUUCAAAGGUCAGGGUGGGUGGACUACCUCUGCUAUGCUGGCCCCCCACCCCACCAGUCCUGGAUGACCCCCCACCCUAACUUUUUUCAUUUCAGCACCACAAUACAUUUUGCUGCUGCCAUUGUUAAACAACUGGCAUUCAGAAAGCCAUGCCUUGUCUGCUUCAGAUCACAAAGAUAUCAGCCAGUAGAUCCAGAACGACCUUCUGGCCACCCCUGAAUUAGAUGGCUAUGCCUUCAAUCAUACAUUCAGGCUAACUGGCCUUUUCCCAGCCCUUCCAGCACCCUGGAACAAGGUGAUUUGUGCCACUGAUGUGACUAUCUUUCUAUACAGCGGGGGGGGGGGGGGACAGGGAUGGGGACAUCCAUGGAUCUCCAGACAUUACUGGACUAUGACACCCAUCAUCUCUGACCAUGCUGACUGGGGCUGAUGGGAGUGGGAGGGCCGCAGCUCUCCCACCCCUGUAAUAUAAGGUGUUCAGAAAAUAUUGGACUUGUUCACCAUAACGAGCCAAUUUCUCCUAUUACCUGGAGCCAGCCCUGCUUUGUGGGAAGUUCUACCUGGAGCCAGCCUACCAACUUCAUUUUCAAAGUUAAGAGAAAGGUGAUUUGCUUAUGCUUGCUUGAACAAGCUGCACGUCAGAUGUCUCAGUGGUCUUAUGUUCGCAAGAAUGGAAGGAAAAGCUAGUUUAUGCAAUCUUCCUGUAGAGAAGGAAUAGGGAACUUGUGGCCCUGAAACUCCCAUCCGUCCCAGCCAACAUGGACAGGGGUGAUGGGAUUUGUAGUCCAGACACAUCUGGAGGGCACCAGGUCCUUCAUCCCUGCUGUAGAACUUGUCUGGCAGUGCCUUCUUCUAAAAACACCCUUGAUUGCAAGAUUAUCAUAUGACUGUGAGUGCCAAUCAUCCUGGGCUAGACUGAAUUUUCCUUCCGGCCAGGAAUGCUCAUUUGAGAACAAAAAAUGCUGGGGUUGAAUGAGGCCCCAAAAAAGGCUUUCUCUGCCUUUUUAUGGGAGUUGCAAAUGCAAACUAGAUUAAACUUGCUCUGUGUUAUUAUCUAGCACAUCUAAAGUGCAAGUCUUCUUCCUACCGCACAAAGCAGAUUGGCCGAGAGAGAGAGAGAAAAUGCUGCAGUCUUGCAAGCGCGCAACACAUGUGCCUGUAUCAUGCUCUGAUUACGGUUUCCACACAGUGUUUCUUCAACUCCCUCUCCUGACAUAAACCAGCACCCCCCUCUUCUGCCAGGAGGCACCUGUGUUUGAUCUUCAAAUGGAGCAGAGAUAAUCUGAAAGCCAAGAAAUUACACGCUCCUCUUUGUGAAUUCCAAAACCAUCCCUUCCUCUGAGACCCAACAGCCACAGCAGCAGAAAAGAAGAAAAUGUGUUUGUUAAAUGGGGGGGGGGGAGAGUAUGCCACUGUAUGGAGUCGCUGCUACAGUGCACAUAAAUAUUGAAUGCUGUGCUGAGCCCCCCCUGGUAGCAUAAUAUGAAGUCAGAUCUCAGAUGGAGGAUAUGUAUAAACAGAGGUUCUGUUUCUGAAGGAGCAAUUCUGAAGGCUAAACACAGGAUCUCUGGUUUCCAGGGUUGGGUCUUUUUGGCUGAAGAUGGAAUGUAGCAUUUGUAAGGCAGUAGAGAUGCUUUGGAAGUUCCUGGCCAGUAUAAAUGCAUACUUAUUCUUCACCAGGAAGCAGCAAGUUAUUAGGUGGAUUACUCAGUAGAUUUCCCCUUUAAAUGCCACAUCUGUCUUCAGCCUGAGUGAACAGGUGGGGGUGGGGUGGAGGAAAGACAUGGACUGUCCAGAUAGCCAAGACUGGUCCCUUUCACCCUCCUUUCACCUUCCUGCCCCACACCACCAGCCCAUACUCUUCUGAUGCCAAUGGAAGCUGGCCUUCUGCAUGGCCAGGGGCAGGGAGAGCAUCCCUCCUUGCAGCAGAGGCAGAUUUAGGGCCCCACACCUAGGGGGCGCUGCAGGGCAUUGCAACCAAGACAUAGUGAAUUGAGUAGAAUGGAAGGUGAGAGGUGGGGGGGGGGAGGCUCUGAAUUUUGGCCUUGCACAAGGUGCCACUGAAAUGUGAAAGACCCAAGUCCUUCCCUGCUGUCAGCACUGAAUUAAGAUACAGUGAGGCCCCAGGCCAUGUGGAGUUUAAGAGGUCCGUAGUGGUGCUAAAAUCAAUGCUAUUUUUGGUAUAUAUUUUUGGUCCUAUCAGAACAAUUGUGUCUAUUUUAGAGUCUCUUUCCCCAGUUUCCUUUAAUUUUUUAAAAAGCCAAUUAUGUAAGACUUGAAAUUCAGUAAAAAUGUCAACUUAGUGUAAGUUUUACUCAGCAUAGACCCACUGAAAUUAAUGAACAUAUGACUUAAAUUAGGGUUAUUCAUUUCAAAAGGUCUACUAUGAGUAAAAUUUAGCUGAAUGCAAACCCUCAUAUUUAGAGGUCAUUCAUAGUCUGAGGCCCUAACCUGUUGUUUGCUUAGGUUGCCCAUAAAUCCGCCACUGCCUUCACUCCCUGGGAGUGGGCUGUAUUUCACUGCAGCUGCAGUACAAGAAAAAGGGUUAACCAUCCCUCAUGCACCAUGAUUUUGAGCCUAAUCUCCACCCCCACCCUGCCUCACAAAAGUUGGGGAAGGUACAAUUAAUGCACUCACAAUUCUUUUAUUCUUUUAAGUGUCCAUUCGGACCCUUUUCUCCAUCAAAUUCUCUAUAUUGCUUCUGGGCAGGUUUGCUUAACACAGCAGUUGUGCAGCGUCUUCAGACGUUGUAGGGGUUCUCGUGGCUCAAAACCAAAGAGACAGUUUUUAUGAAACACAUUUUUCUCCAUGAUUAUUCCUAAGCCUGUAUAUCUCACAAAAGGUGUAUUUGUAGCUGACUUUAAAAAAGAAGAAGCUGCACAGUUCAGAUCAUUGCUAAAUGGGUCGUGCCCUCUGGCAGACUCUGUUUGGGCUAAGUCCCAUUCCCUUGCAAUCUGUUUGAUCCUGCUUGGUGUCUAGUAGCACGUUGGAGCUAAAGCAGCAUGUUGGAGCUGUGAGUUUCUGGGAUCCUGCCGGAAUGGUUUCUGGUCUGCUGGAGUUACAGAAGGGGAGCCUGGUAGUCCAGCAGUGUUCUAGUUCCCAUGACAACACCCUCGUACGUUUCCUGGGUGACAGAGCCGCUCCAAAUUAGGUACCCUGUGUGGUGUGUGAAAUAUUAGAGGCUGUCAAAUGUUUGCCCGUUUAGCUUUCUAUUUAGCAAAAGUCAUGCUUUUGAAGGGGAAGAUGCAUCCUGAACACACCUAUAAUGCUGAAGUCAUGGAGGGUAAAUGAAGCAGCCCUCAGGAAGUAUUGCCCUUAUUCUUAACACAUUGUUGUGCAGCAACAUUAUCUCCAAGCAGUGCAAGAUUCCAGGGGUUCCAGCCAUUUACCCAGGGUUCGUGUUUCCUUUUGGGAAUGAGGCAUGGCAGAGACUGUGGUGUCUUUGUGAUAUGUGGCUUCUUUACGCAUAUAUACAACCUGAGCCUACAAUGGAGGGGUUCCCAGCACCAAGACCCCAAAGGGGUAUUGUUUCUUUGAUAGCUGCAACCAUGGAUUCAAGCAGAAAUCAGCCAUGUCCCUCUGACCCUCUGCUUGCUACUUUUUCCUCUCCCUCACAUCACACAAAACUAAACUCUGAACUCUGGGUUUUGUUCUUAUCACUCUCUCAUUGCUGGGGGAGGGACCCCACCCAUCUGUCACCCACAGUGGCUUAGAGUGGGGGGCUGAGGGAUGCUUGGCCCGGAUGCAUUUUGGGGAGGGGGCGCAACUAGGCGCCCCCAUGAUAGGCUCCCUCAUUGGAGCCUGGCUCUGGUGGGCGAGGGAGCUGCCGAGCCAGUUUCCUUGCUCCCGGCUGCAGUAGCUCCGCUCCCGGGUCAAGCCUGGGGGUGGAGUGCAGUGCUGCCUCUCUCCUCAACUGGGCUGCGUGUGUGCCUGGCUGCAGCUCCACGCCUGGGUCAGGUCUGAUGCUCGGAUUAGUGAUGUUCAGAUCUAGUAUUCAGGUGUCUUUUUCCACCUACCUCCUGUCCUGGGUAAAACUGAUUAGCGGAUGAGUUGGCAGGAAAUACCUCUUUGGGCCCAAUGAGGGAAAUAUUUUCUGUAUUGAUUUUAUUUUGUUUUUUGUUUUUUGGUUAAAAGUCAAAAGCAAUGCCCAGUCAGUCCUAAUUGCUUGUUUGCACAUUCAUCAGUCAUUCUUUUACAUUUCUCUGACUAGGCAUUCUCAGACCCAUUGGGGUCCUGAAGAGAGUUGCAAAGCUCCGCAAAGGCCUAUGGUCCUGUGCCUCAAUCAGCAUCUUGAGCCACAGAUAACCCUAAUCCCAAAAAGUACUACAACAAGGAGAACCAUAGAAACACCAUAAAUUGAACUGAAUUUAAUGAGAAGCAAUUUAAUCCAAAAAAUGAAACAUUCCAAAAGUUUAAUGAGCCACCACCACAUUAUAACAACAUUAUGGAAGAACUCCACUCAAUACACCCUGAGAAUCCCUGGGAGUUUUCUCAUUCAUGCUAUCCUUCCCCCAAAUAAUCCUGGGAAUUGUAGUUUGCCCCUCACAGAGCUGUAGUUCCCAGCACCAGCACACUAUAGUUCCCAGGAUUCUUGAGGAUAGGCAGUGUUCUUUUGUGCAUGAUUCUCUGGGGGGGGGCAGCCAAGGGCGUUACUUGCACCUAUUUUGAAACAAGUGAACCAGGUUUAUCUCCUGACUGAUUUGGUGACUCUCCCUGGCUUGCCAAAAUUAUGCCCCCUUCAUCAUGGCAUGAUUCUGUCUGCUUCUUUAUUAACGUAUUGCUCUUUUCCCCCUCCCUUGUGUCUCCUCUCCACACAUACAAAUCCUUCUCUCCCAGAAAUUGAUGAAGACCGCCUCCCCAACCCUCUUUUGAAGGUAUGUAUAACUUCUCCAAGGGGUGAGGAACUGAAGUCCAGUUUCAUUUAUCCAGCAAAAAUGGGUGCUAAAGUAUGUCCUGGAUAGAACCAUUUCAAGCUGCAGAUACAGUUUUAAGGCACCCCCAGUGAAAAUUCUCCAUGCACAUAGAAAAAUGAAAUGUCAGUGAAAAGGUUCUCCCUGGUGUGCUAGCUUUCUAUGUGAAGAGGAUGGUUGUUUGUUGGCAAGCGUUGACACAGGCAACCUUCUUCCACCAUGCACCUAGUCCAGGAAAAGGCUUCAUUGCUUGAUCGUAUAGUAAAGUGGUAUUUAUUUAACAUUAAUUUGGGGAGUGAGAAAGAAAGAAUAUUAUCUUUCUAAGCCAAUCCAAGUGCUUGGAAGGGUGCCUUCUGAUCCUCACCAAACGUCUUGCCAUCACCACCAGCUCCACCACCUAAUGCACAUCCUUUCAUUUCAGUUGGUGAUCAUAUAAGUCCUCAGAAGAGCUACUGAUCUCAUGGUAGGAGGAGAGAGGGAGCAUUUGCCACUGCUGCUCCUCUUCCUUGACUUAAGGAGCAGUGGCUUGAAGGAGAGUGUCGUGAUGGUGCUGGUGGAAAGAUCUGGUGUGGAUGGAUAGGGGGGAGCUAACACUUCUUAUCUCGUUUGGAUUUUAAUCUAGCCAGGGGAAAAUUCCUGGCCUUGAAAUAUUUCCUAAUGUGGCAAGUUUUAGGAGCUGCUAAAAUUCUUCUCCAAACAUAGAGAAGUUCACCAGCAUCUUCCACCUCCUAUUGUCAGCUGAUGGGCAUGUGGGGGCUCACCUUGUACCAUCAAAGGAGUAAUCCAGAAUGCACCUUAAGUUCCCAAAUGUUCCUUUGAAGCCCCACCCAUAACCACCUCACACCUGAUGCCAUAAAUGAUGUCAGGUGUAAGAUGGGCUUCCACAGACCAGUCUCACAAGUCAAAUGGGGAGGCCUGGCAAUUUGGCCCAUGUGCCCACAGGCUGCUCACCCCUGCUUUAAGAGCCCCAUAGUGAGUAGGAAGUCAACGGGUGCUGGUUUUCCUGACAUGAGACUGCAGUGAAUGGGAGCACUUCCCACAUCAUGCCUCCAUGGGAGUGGACAAAUCAGGCACCCUUUUUGGUUUGAAUCUUGAAGGGAGGGGCUGCAGGUGGGGAGGGACUUCUUCUGGCAGGUUGUUGCUAUGUAGACUAAAGGCACCUGCCCAUCAGGCAGUGGCACGUUCUCUCCAGACGGACUGGGCCCAUCAGAGAGGAGAGGCUGCAUUUUGAGAGGCCUUGUUCUCACUGAGCGUCUUCUCUUUCAUUCCUGAACUGGCAGGAUCCAGAUUCAGGACAUAGCUAAAGUUUUGCUCCAGAGUUUCCACCUAGGGGCUCAUCAGGUAUUUUCACCUCUCCCCCCACCCCCACCUUUCUUUACAGCCAGGAAUGUCGAUGUCUCCAAGGCAGAGGAAGAAGGUUUCUCGCACCACCCCCACCAUGAAAGGUAACAGUGGCUGCAGUUUAGGGACUAGUUGACUCCAAGUGAAGAGCCCUUAAUGAUUCUUGCCAUUACCCAGCCUGAGCGUGUUGCUUCACUCUGGGAAGGAAUGGAGGUUUUUCUUAACUUCGUACGGAUAUUGGCAGUGCUUUGAAAGCAACAAGCUCUCUCGCUGCUUUCCCCCGCUCUGAAAGGCUUGGCACAAUGUCUUUCUCUGCACUCUAGAGAAGAUCAAGAGUUCUGUCAGUGAGGUUCUGUGCAGGAUAGGCUAAACCCCUGCGUCUUCCCCACUUCAUCAGCUUGGAGAUGGGGGAGAGCGCUGGGGCUCACAGCCACAGCUCCUUCAAAUGGCAGCAUGUUUCACCCCCGCAGUAUUUCCCCCUUCUCUUUGUGAGGUAAUGGCAAGGUCAGUAGCCAGCACAAGUUUUUGUCUGGCUGUCUAUUGACUUGCUUGCUAAAAGCACUGAAGGCCCACAGAUGGAAUGGCUGUUUUUUCAAAGGUGUGCAUGCGCAUGCGCACACACAGACACACUGCUAUGUCCCUUGCUUGGCAGUAUCCCAGGAAUGCCAUCCUGUAAUUAAUGACAUGGUCGUUUAAGAGAGAUUAGGAUUUAUUUUUAAACACACAUCCUCCAAUUAUAGGGCUGGAAGGUACCUUCAAAGGUCAUCCAAUCCAUUCUGUUCCCCCCAACUGGUCUUAAGCCCAUUUGCACGUAAACAGCCCCAGGCAGAUGCUUCUCCCAACCUAUUUUUACAAAUGCUCAUUCAUGGCAUUGCUCCAGAAUGUCCAACUCUUAGAGACGUGAUCUACCCCCAUGGAAGACCCACACCUCCGCCCCCCCCCCCAAGUGGGUCUGUACCAAUUUAAGAUGGAUUCCUGCAUGUAGAACAGUUGCCAACCUGAUAUCCGCUUGUAGUGAGGGUUUUAGUUAUUUUUCACUCAUGCAAACCUACCCACUCCCAUUUGCAGUUGAACAUUCUGAAGUGCCCACAAAGAUGUCCUGUGUGAUUCUUCUGUACGUGUGGAUGGGUUCUAAGUUGUCUUUGUGUUUUCCCAUCUACAAUUUUCUUCUUUCUGUCUGACUAAAUGUGUCUGGUCCCCCCUCCUCCUCCUGCAAUCUUUCCUCAUAAAUUUUGCAUUGAACCAUUUUAUAUUUUGCAUUGCUCUACAUUCCCUCCAAUUUGCCCACCCUGCUAUUUUUUAAGCCUUGCAGAGCACAAUUCUCAGGCUGUGACAGAGUCACAGGAUCCAUUUUGGAGCACAGAGAGAUCAGGGUUGAAAGAGGAACAGGUUCCAUAACUAGAGGUCAUUAUGACUCGUGGGUGAUGGAGAAAUUCUGUUUUCCAGAAAACAGGUUCAAGUUCUGACAACCAGGAUUCAAGGUCAAAUAUUCAUAUACUAGGUCAUUAGGCAUUGGGUCAAAAAGGGUGAUAAUGGCACUGACAGUGUGCUCCUAUGCAUAUCUGCUCAGAAGUGAGUCCUCCUGACCUUAGUGGAACUUACUCCCAGGUAAAGUAUAUAAAGGAGCCCAGGGGUAGGAAGCAUGGAGUACAGGAAGUGGUUUAGAACACUGUUCUUCAACCUUGGGGGAUUGUAACCAACAAAGUCUUUCUGUUGGCACAUCUCCGCAAUGGGACUUUGCCUCCCCCACAUCUAAAUCCAUUCUGUGAUUUACCCCAACACUCUGGAACAAAUUGCACAGGGGGCAGGAGAGGAGAGGGAGAGAAAGACCUGGUACGCAGGCAGAAAUCCUUGCACCAAAGGGACCAUUUCGUUUGCCACAACCCUGUGUGUUGGGCUACAACUACACCUUCCUUCAGUUCCCAAGUCAUCAAAAAGCACUGCCUACUGGUAGCUGAAUGUUUCUAAAUGAACAACUCUCCUUUUUUACAACUGGGCUUAAAAAAAAUUAAAUGUGUGCACAGGAAAUCGUCCCAGACUCUUUAAAUUUCAUAUUUUUCAUGAGGUUUUCUUCCUCACCUUCUCCCUCUUUCAGAGCUCCAGCUGAUGGUUGAGCACCAUCUCUGCAAGCAGCAGGCAGAUGAGGAGGAUGUCAGCACUGGGAGCCAGGAGCCACACAGUCCAAGCUGCUGCCCUCAUGCCAACUCAGAACCUGGCCACAGUCCUGGGAGUUGCCCUUUGGCCCAAGCUCAUGCUCAGCUGGGGGAGCCCAUUGGCCUGGAGGAACGUGAGUAUGUUUCAGUCAACUAGAGGCAUUACCCACUUUUCCUAGCUAGCAUGGGUGAAGGGAGUUGUCAUCCGAAACAUCUGGAGGGCUUGAUGAAGCCCUCCAGAUGUUUUGAUGAAGGUUGAUGAAGGUUAGCCUACAUUUUAUGCUUUAUUUUAGGGUUCUCAUAUUUUGAAGAGCAAAAAAGAGGACACAUUUGCCAACUUCUACUUUUAGCAAUGGAUAACUAUGAUGACACUCAUUUUAUGUGCCCAUGAAAAGGAGAGCAUGUCCUGGAAAAAGAGGACAUAUGGCAACCCUACAUUUUAUCCCAUAGAAUUCAGUGGGGGCAUAGAGGUCUUUUCUGAUUUGUGCAGUCCUUUAUCUGCAUAGCACCACCCUGGAAUCUGUUUUUGUUUUUUUUAAAUGGUCCAUGUAAUAUGAUCGGUCCAUGACAGCCUAUGUGAAAGCAAGCUGUGCAUUAACACAAUGCUGCUGCAGAUCAUGCUAAUAGCCUGUGCGUGUGGCAGGACACUCUUCUCCUCCACACUGCAGCAGGCAGCCUGAAUGCAAAGUCAUGCCAAAAAAUCCUUUGUCUAAUAAGGAGAUCCAACAGUGGCCUCUAGCGGAUGUAGUUCAAAAUGAUAGCCGAGCUUUGCUUGAGUCCUCUCUCUGUGUGUGGGGGGGGGGAGGCCUUCCUGGAGGGAAGCGUUUUGAUCCACUCCCUGUCUUGAUAAAUGAUUUAUCAGGGAUGUUCUCUCUAACAAGCUCUGCCCAAGCCCCUUGUCAAAUAUUCAUAGUGUGAGCGUGUCCUGCAAAGUGCUGCGGCUGGAUGAUGGGCUCAAAACAGCUGUGGUCUCCCCUUUGACAUUUCACAGAAGAGGGAAGAUGGCUGCUCUUGUUUUCCAUUAUAAACAGGACUUCAGAGUGGAGCAGGGAACAGACAAAAAGAGCAAACUGCUUCCCUAGAGACUUGUGUCAUGUCCCACCAAGGGUUGUGAGUGGGGUUCUCCCCCAACACUAAGCUCAAGUAAUGUAUGUUUUAUUAUUUCCCUUGGUUGAGAACUCACAGCUUUUGAGGAAUAUGCUAUGGGAAGCUGUCGUUCAAGACAUAACAACUGGAACUUCAGCCAGGGCCAGCCUAACCGUAGAGUCAGGCUAGGGGCCUUCCUCAGCUUUCUCUUGGAGAAAGAGACCAUUGCCUGCACCUCUGGAGGAAGGGCAUCCUGGCAGAGGCUUAGCUACUGGGCUGAAAUUGCCCUUGUCCUUUCCUGGGGAUUCAACCAAGAGCCACCUUGAUCUCUCCCAUCCCCCCUGGGGCACAGGCACAAUUGUAAGCUGGAGGAAGUAAAAAAAAGUGGCAGGCAUUUGACCAUGUUUCUCCCUAUAUAAAAAAUAAUAAAAAAGGCAAAACAGGUCCAAGAUGUUUGGGCUAUUUUAUGAGAAAAUGUGUGUCUGUUAUAUGGGAGACUCAACAAGAACAGUUCUUAUUUUGCUUGCCCCAAGUAAGAACAUAGGAGCUCGGCUGGAUCAAGCUAAUGGCCCAUCUGGUCCAGGUUUCUGUUCUGAGAGGGCCAAGCAGAUGCCAUGGACAGCCUGCUCCUCCGUGAAUUUAUCCAGCCCUUUUUAAAGCCAUCCAAGUGGGUGGUCAUCCCUGUAUCUUGUGGGAACGAUUUGCACAGUAACUAUGCACUGUAGGAAGAAGUGUUUAAUUUUGCCUGACCUAAAUCUCCCAACAUUCAGCUUCUUUGGAUGUCCCCAAGUUCUAGCAUUAUGAAAAAUGGAGAAAAACAUCUGCCUCUGAACUUUCUCCUUGCUGUGUAUAAUUUUAUAUACAUCUAUUGUGUCCCUCCUGAACUCAUCUUUUUUUUCUAAUUCCAGAGGGUGCAUUAUAGAGAAACAGUGUUGUGUUAGAAAGGUGGGGUGUGUGUGUGUGUGUGUGUGAGAGAGAGAGAGAGAGAGAGAGAGAGAGAGAGAGAGAGAGAGCUGCUGUUGACUGAAUGAAUUGUACAAUCACAAUAGUAAAGGACUGGUAAAAGAGGUAGCAUGUUACACUUUUCAGCGCUUCCAUAGACAGAGGUUUCUAAUAUAUGUAACUGAUAGAUGUCCAGGAAUCUGAGGGUGAGUUUCAGUCCAGUUUAAGGAAUGUCCAGCACAAUAGCAUGUGAUUUAAAUUACAAGGAUUUAAAAUGAAACUGAGAAGAUGUAAAUCCAGUCAACUCUUGGAAAUGUUAGGUGGCUUGUCUUGUAAUAGGACACAGUGGUGGAGAGUUCAACAUUUUGACUUGCCUAAGGCAGCAUCAACAAGAAUCUUUUGAGCUAGCGGUAUUUUUAAUACAAACUGGCCCAGUAUCAUGAAGCAGCAAAAGACAAUACACCCAAAACAAAACCCAUUAUAGGGACCAGCAUUAUCACAUUCAUUCUCCUUGCAAGAACCUAAAUACUCUUGAAUGUCUUGAAUUUUGGUGAAAAGAAUGGUAGUUCUAGUUCCUUUUUGAUGUUUUGUAAGAGUGUGAUUCAAGAGAGGUUUAGAGUUGGACUCAGUGGCAUGAAAAUGCCAUCCCUAAGAGAUGGAAGGAGCUGCAGUGCCCAGUCAGUUAGCCUGGCUCUCUUAAUAACUCCACCCUAUGGCACUUCAUGCAUAAGUAAAGUAUGCAUCAUGGACAAAUGCAUCAUGCAGGCGAUUCUAUGUACCUACACACAGGUUUUCCUGUGCACACUCCCCCCCCCCCCCCGCUUUUGUCAAAUCACAGUGCCUCUUGCAUUGUCAGGAGGCUGCCGUUUGUGUGAUGGCACAGAGAACUGACUUUGGAAAUGAAGACCUCACUACACGAUUCUCUCUGGAUAUUGACCUUUGUCAGUGAUGGUCCAUGCCCCCCACCCCGAUAGCAGGCUUGGGGAAUCUAUGGCCUUCCAGAUGUUGUUGAAUUAAAACUCCCAUCAACCCCAGCCAGCACAGCUAAUGGUCAGGAGAAUGGAAGUUCUAUUCCAGCAACAUCUAGAGAGCCGCAGGUUCCCCACAGCCACCCUACAGACACAUUCGUCACUCUUGAGACACCUGCCUUUACCCAUUCUCCAAAGCAGCAUACACCUUCCUUUAGGCUUUGUAUGGGGUUUCUUAUCACCCUCAGCUCCUGCUUCAAACCUUCUUGCCUCACUUCUUCACUCAACCUGAUUUCUGGGCCUAUUAUCCCUUCGUUCCCCCACCUUUUCAGAUGACUGCACCCAUCUCUACUCAGCACCUGCGGCUGAUCCUUCCUCUUCCAAAGCCAGAAUGUUUAUGAACAUUCCAUGAUGGCCAUUUGUCCACAAAACUUCUCUGUGCGUAUAGGCAGCUAUAUGCACAUAGCAACCCACUCCCAUCAACAUUUUCUCAACACAUGAACAUUGAAGCUGAGGUGGUGGGCACUUUCCUGUUUUCAUGUGCACACAUGUGAUUUGCACACAGAGGAGGCUCUUCUGAGCAGCCCUGUUGCAGCUAUUUAGUCAAUGGUUAUGGAAGGCACACAAGUUGCAAAGGUAAAAAUGUACACUGUUAUAGAAUAUUGAUCAAAUGGUUACAUUAACAAAAUGUACAUUACAACUUUCUCUGUUACCCUCUAUUAAAGAAAUCACCAUCAUACUCCCUGUUCUUUUCCCAUAGACAAAAUGCCCCAACUGAAGAUUUUCUUAAGGAAUAUACUUGAUGCAGUCUAGGCUUAAUUAGCAGCAUUAAGAUACUUUUCUCUUCUUUUACUUUUUUGAUCCCUUUGCUGGGGAAACCGAGCCAGAUGGGCAAGGUAGAAAUAAUAAAUGAUUAUAUAAUAAUCAUUAUGAUUAUAUAAUCAAUUAUUAUUCCUAUUACUAUUGCACACCCUCGCAAUCCUUUGCAUGCGUGGAGCUUCCAAAGAGUUGUCUGCUCACUUUAACAGAGGUAAUGGCUUCUCAAGUGCCAAGAGGUGUGCAUACAGUUUUCUCUGGCAGGGUUAUAGAUGGGGGAAGGCACACAUGCUGGAGUUCAGAAUGCCCAUGUGGCCAUGUGGAUUUGGGGAGAGGGGGCUGGCUAUGACUGGAAUUUAUUGUCAUGACACACUGAGUUUAACAUUCCCUGUGAGCUUCCCAUUAUUUAUUAUUCAUACCUUCCCAAAUCUUCCCUGAGCAGUUCCAACCAAUUGAGAAUCUAUCCAUGCAUAUAUGUAGUGAGAAGUAAGUAUAACUGUGUCUGCUUAUUAACAGUGAAUCUCAUCUGGUAUGCCUUUACUCAGUGACCCAGUUUAGAGAGAUUUCUCUGGAGCUGUUUUGACAGCCGUUCUUUGGUUUUAUUGUUGUUAUUGUUCUGUAUACGCCAGUAUCAUCUGCCAAUGUUGCUGUUCUCCCUAUUCCGCUCCGCGGCUUGAUUGUUUUGUGAAUCAAUUAAAAAAUCCCUCCAUUUCCUCAUGGACUUAUUGACAAUUGUUUUGUGCAGAAGGAAGCGUCACGGGAGCUUGCUGCGCAGAGAGACCCAGUAAUGUGAAGCCAGACCUGUCCUCAGAGAAGCAAGGAGUUCAUAUACCACCGGAGAGCUCUGGGGAGAAGCAGAAGCUGGCCAAGGAGUAUGUAUAGCUGUGCCUCUAAAUUUGGGGAGGGGGCAGGAAAAGUGAGAUAAAGGAGGCAACUCUGCUCUGAAUAGAAUGGACACCCAGGCGUGUAUUAUACCAAUUCUGAAAUUGCCGUCAUUAGUGAUAUAUAGUCUUCCUUUAUGAGCUAGGGAAAGUAUUGCAGGGAAAAGCCUUUGACUUUGCUGAAUGGUUACCUCUUUGGGGUUUGGAAAGUGAAAGUAAUUUGCAAUUCACCUUUCUCUUGCUCCUUCAUAGCUAUUAUUUCCCCAAUCUGUUGCUGCUUCAGCUUGCUUUCCCUAGGCUUAGGGCUUUCCUCCCCCACUUCCUUCUUGUAAUCCAGGUCAGUGAUGGCUUAGCAAAAUGAAGUUGAUUUAGAGUGAAGCAGCACUGCCUUUCCUUGGAAUGGGUGAACACUUUUUGCCACAUUUUUAAAAAAAGAUCACCUGUAAAAUACUGUACCAAAAUCCAGGAAGAGGUGGAUGGUUCAUAGCUGCUGGAUUUUGUGUGUGUGCAAACAGUAGCUUCACAUUUUCAAUCGUUUCUUUCAAUCAGUUAUUUCUAUUGUCCCCCACCCCCACCCCAGGAGAGCAGGCUAAAAUGUGAUAGCAAAUAACACCCAUUCACUUGGAAUUUCAGCAUUUUCUGAAAUGCAAUGCAAAUGUUUGCCCAGAUGAAUAGGGACACUGUAUAUCCCAGAAGCGCAUCAAGAUCUCUCUGCACAUAGUAAGGAAGAAUAAACCCAUAGUUCUGCCUUGGUGCAUAGUAACCCUAAUAUGACCUGCUGUAUGCACAUCAAAGAAGAAAUUCCAUAUGUUGGCACACAUGCAUGGCACUUAGCAGAACACUGAUGCAAUGUGGAUACUUUAUUCUGCAAGGGGUAUGUACAUCUUAACAUAGGGAUGGAUGAAUAUCAAUGCCAAAAUAAUGGGUUGUGGCCAAUGUUAGUCCUACUUGGAGUAGACCCAUUAAAAUGAAUGGAUAAGACUACCAGGUCUAUUAAGGUAAAUAUGUCUACUCAACCUGGUGGUGGUUAACCCCAACCCCCCUUUUUUCUGUUUUCUAAACUUAAAAACAUGUCAAACAUGAGCCUUUUAUACAUAGGAAUGGCACUCAGGGCAAUAUUUGAAAAUGCUCAUUCAGAUAUUGCUGCGUGAACCACCUUUGUGAUUCUUCAGUUCAUGCAUUUCAGCACUGAGCAACUGAACAGGAAAAUGGGUUUGAGAGCUAUGCUUAAAUAAAGGCAGCGUGUCCAGGUGAACCUGAGGGGGAGACAGAGGAUGCUCUGGGGUACAAAAUAAUCAUGAUAAAAUGUUUAUCUUUUGCUGUGCAUGUGCAAGCAAGCUGUAUUGCAGAUCAAAAGGCCACAGGUGCCAGGCCAUCUGCAUGACCUCUGGCACAAUGCAGACACAUGCAGCUGCAAGUCCCGCAGUGAUAAAAAUCAUUGGAUGGUGUGAGAGUAGGGAGAGAGCGAGAGCAUGUUAGCUCUGCGGGUAUCAAAUUCCCUUUGUGGAUGCCUGGAUUAUGAAGUCUCACUGUGACUUCAAUUAGUUCUCCUUUCAGCUUAGAUUAGUUCAUUUCAGAUCAAAUUGGUCAAGGGAAAGGUUUGGUUGCUUCACUCAAGCCCAGGCUUAAUGAAAACUGAAAGGGACGUUCUUUGUACUUUAGUAUACUGAGAAUGAAGAUACAAUGUGGGCCCCAGGGGAGAUGCAGACACAUGCAGCAGACUUGGCACAAGUCUUCACUCUCUGGCUCCCGCACACCUGAGUGCCUACCGGUACCCGGCAAUGUGUUGUCUUAACACAAAGCACAAGCCAAACAGAAGCAGAGAUUUCAAGGUUCUUCAACAGUAAGAGCUGUUUGACAGUGGAAUUUGCUGCCAAGGAGUGUGGUGGAGUCUCCUUCUUUGGAGGUCUUUAAGCAGAGGCUUGACAACCAUAUGUCAGGAGUGCUCUGAUGGUGUUUCCUGCUUGGCAGGGGGUUGGACUCGAUGGCCCUUGUGGUCUCUUCCAACUCUAUGAUUCUAUGAUUCUAUGAUUCUAUGAUGCAUUCAGGCACCACUAAAAGUGAUGACAACCCUCUUAUUAGCAUUGGACAGUUUGACUAUUUUGUUAAAUUUACCAAGGGCUGUGAUUAGCUUGGUCUCUAUAUUUAGUCAAGGGGCAAUUUUAGAGAUCUUACUGGAUCAUAUCAAAGAUCUGUUGCUGAGCCAACAACCCUCCCCACAUUAUUCUUUUCCCCUCAUGGUUGGAUGUUCAGAGGAAUAUUGCCUCCGCUCAGCUGGGGCUGAGAGGAGUUCUGAUCCAAAAAUGUGGAGGGUACCAGGUUGGCAAAGUCUGUUUUAAGACGGUCUGUUGAGCUUACAUAGUUCAUAGCUGUUAGUAGGCAUAUCCUCCAGUGAGUUCACAGAAUCACAAUCAAUAAUUAUAGAGCUGGAAGAGAUCCAUGAGGAUCAUCUAGUCCAAUCCCUGAGAUUAAGAGUCUCAUGUUCUACCAACUGAGCUAUAAGGGGUCUAAUUCCUUCUUAAAGCUAUCUAACCCCAUGGCUUUAAAUUCCAUUGCAUCUUGCAUGCAAGAAAGAACAUUUCUUGCCCAUCAAUUCCCUUAGGUGACCCUAAGUCCUAGUAUUAUGAGCCAUGAAGAAAAAUGCAUCUCUGAACUCUCUCCAUGCCAUGCAUAAUUUCAUAUAUUCUGUCCUCACCCACCCACCCAAAAUAGUCCCACACUCUUUAGCCUUUUCUUACAGCAGAGGUGAAGAACAUUUGGCCCUCCAGCUGUUGUUGGACUACAGUUCCCAUCUGGCCCAGUCAGCAUAGCCAAUGGCCAGAGAUGAUGGGAGUUGUAGUCCAGUAACAUCUGAACGGCCACAGGUGAGCUAUCCCUGCCUUUUGCAAGGAAAACAAUCCAAACCCUUGGUUUUUGUGAUUGUCUGUUUCUAUAUCUUUUCCAGCUCCUAGAUGUCCCUAUUUCAGAUGAGGUGAUCAGAAGUAAUGAUUGAAAUAGGUAUUGGACAAGAUAGCAAACACCUUUGCCGCAUCUGUCACAGAAUAAUUAAACUCUUGUGCCUAUCCCAGCUCCACUUUAUAACUAACCUUGGUCUUCAGCAGCCAUUUUGAAGAGCCUGUUCUACAAACUUUGUUUGUUUGUUCCAUAGGUGAUGCACUGCUUCAGGAAUGGAGGUUACGUCUGAACACAGGCGGAGCUCAUGCCUACAUACGGGAAUAUCACACAGCAGUUUUCUUUAAAGAAUUUUUUUUUUAAAAAAAAGAUUUCAAUGGCUGUUCAGAUGUUUGUAAUGUCCCCCCCCCUUCUUUUUUUAAAAUGAAAUGUCCAAUGGCCUAGGGGAGGGUGUCUAUUCAGUUUUGGGCUUGGGCUCAUGUUUUAGGUGUUGAAGUAGAAAAAGGUGAAUCAGCACUAGAGAGUAUGUUUGUUAGUUAGCAGAGCUGGAGAAAUCUCCAUAUUGUACAUUUAUCACUGGCCCAGUUCUCCAGAACAGCAGAUGAGUUUGUAAAGUCUUGUGCCUGGAGCUGAACCACUUUAGAGCUGGGGGUGGGGAGUGAGGCACAUGCUUGCGCACUCCCAGCACACACAAUAGAUUUCUUUAUGCCAAUAACUGCAGAGAAUUCUAACUUAGCUCUUUCUCUGAUGUGCCAUUUUUUAUAUACAAAUAUUUUGUUGUAGUGGUAGUCGUUGUUGGGUAGAAGAGCAUUCAGUCAUGUAAGCUUCCACCUGCAGUCUCACUUAUGUAGUACAGCUCAAAAAUAGGUUUACCAUUAUUUCAUCUGCUGUGGGAGAGAUCUAGGCCACCAGCUAGAUGAUUUUAUUCCCUUAGACCUCAUUUUUCUAUACUCUACAAUGAUGUUUUCCUAGCCGUCCAAUACUGAUUUCUACAAUUUUUUAUUGCUUUCUACUGUAGCCAUAGAUAGGUGCAGGCUGGGAAAAUCUGCAGCUCCUCCUAUCAUGCUUUGGAAGGAAACUAGGAUGGGAACAGUAAGUAGAGCAGGAAUGGGGGAGCUUGGAGCCCUCCAAAAGUGGUUGGGACUCCAUGUCCCAUUAGCCUCAGGCAGUCAGGGAUGAUGGGAACUAUAGUCCAAAAUAUCUGGACGGCCAUCUAAAAGCUUCCUGCUUCCAAUGUGGGGGGAACCUGAACAAAUGACAACCUCCUCUUUAUUCCUUCUCCAGCUGAGCUGUCCUUUCUUUGGGAGUGAUAAGAUACAACAGUGCCUUCUGGGAGAGAGUAGGAGGUUUUCCUCCCUUGAAACAACCUACAGGCCUCAGUCGUGUGUGCAUAACCUCCAGUAUUUGUCACACAUUAAACAAAAAAAAGGUCUGCUUAUUUCCUAGGACGUUAGAGUAACAGUCGUGAGUGCUUGAAAUAGCUAUUUUUUCUCUUUAUGCUAGACAUACUACCAGUAUUUUGAAUUUUGCUCUUAUGUAAUAGAAAAUGCAGUCAAGGCUUCCCUGUCAUAAAGAAACCAGCUGAAUGCAGCCUAGACGAAGGAGUGGAGGACAGAUCCGUGGCUCUUACACUGGUGUUUUAAGCCAAAGCCUCCAUAUGACAUGGGCCUUUAUCCUGCCAGCCUUCCCUAAGUCAGCACCCUUCAGGUUUUGUUGCAGUCCAAUUCCCAUCUGCCUCAGCCAGAAUAGGCAAUGGGGCAGGGAUGGUGGAUUGUAGUUCUAGCAACAUUUGGAGGGCACCAGGUUGGGGAAAGGUGCUGCAUGCCUUUAUUAACACACUCAUUGCUCCACCCGCAAAAGGGGAGGCUGCAGGCUAGAUACACAGGUCCGAGAUAGCAGAGAUCCCACUUGAGUUUCUCAUCAGUCGUACAUAUCCCUGAAUCGUUGGCAAAGUUUUACAUAUCCGGACCACCAUUCUGGGCUCUCUUCCCCCAUCACACAUGUGAAUUCUAUUUCUUUAUUAAACGGAUCAUCUUUGCUUGGUUUUUGCGUUCCAAAAUCACUCGUUUGCCCUAAGUAGCUUGUGUGGUGCUAUGACAACAUGGCAGGGCUCCGUCUUUCAGCCUCAGCAGUGCUGUCAAGGAUGUGUCAUUUUUCCUUGGUCUGCAAAAAUACCUCUCGGCCAGCAUUACAUACCAUCUUCGUCUGACACCAAAGGCAAGAGUCAGAGCCUCUCUUCCUUAUUAGAAGACACAACUAUGAAGCUGGUGGAUUUAUGAAAGCAAUGCCAGGAGGGCCACGGGUUCCCCUCUCUUUUAGUGGUGUGUUUGAGAGGAAGAGAUUCUGCCUGACAGUGUCUGGGGAUAAGCCCAUCAAAAUAAGAAAAUAAGAAGGAAGAGGACAACUGACACCCGGGAGUCCCAGUACAGUCCUGGCUGACACUUUGGUGACUAAAUGAAAUGCAGCUGCUAUCCUACUUGCCAGUUCUGAUUUAACUUUGUGUGCAGCAUAAAGAUGCAGAGCUAAAGGUAUGCCUGAAUUUGCACCCAUGGAGAGCUGAUUCACACAAUGAUUCACAAUAUGCAGGCAAACUAUGGCUUAGUGUGCAGGUUGCUAGAGAGACGUUCACAGCAACUGUGCUCCUCUCCUGGUACUCUUGCUGCUGCGAGGUAAGCCAUGAUUUAGCUAGGAGUGCUUUCUGAACCCAAACUCACGGUUUGCCUCACUCCAGACCAGUGGUGGAGCAAGCCAAUCGGGUCCUGGGGAGGCGUGUGUGCCCUGCGCCCGGGGGCAGGGCCAGCUGCCCGUGGAGCAGGGUGAGCCGGGGCAGGAUGCUCUGCGGGGCCUCCAAGGACUCUGCCUGUCUCCUCCUCUCAGCUGUCCUACAGCUGGGGGGAGGCAGCAGGCGGACCAUUAGGCAGUGCAGAGCCUGUGCACGCCCAAACCACUGCAUCUCUCCCAGGAGUGACGCAUGGCUUGGGCACACUGCAGGCCCCGCAGUGAGUGCCGCCCGGCGUUUUGUCACCCCCUUCAGUGGUGAUACCCGGGGCGACCCACCCCCACUGCACCUCCUUCCUCUGCCCCUGCUCCAGACACACCAUGAGCCCAAGUUUGGAUGCAAUGCUAAACCAAGCUACACUGCUCAUGACGGCAGCAGGGGGACCUGAACUGGAGGUGGGACCUGCACUAUUGAAAUUUCCAGAAACACUAAUGUGUGCAUGCAUUUGUGCUAAACUGUGGUUUGGUUUAGCACUACGUGUGAACUAGCUCAGAGACUCACAGCCAACCAUAGCUUUCCAUUUACACCGGAAUGCAACUCAUUUUCUUACCUGUGUGACAGGUAAUUGCACACACAGAUUUGCUUAAAACAUGGUAGGGAUAGUCCAUGGGAGAAAUUGCUAAUGGGCCGACCUCACUGACCCUGCGGAUCAAUAAAAGUGGCAGCCACAUCCCCACUCCAAAUGGAAAGCAGCGAAGGUGGAUUGAGAGUCUGUAUUGGCCAAGGAGCUGAGCAGGAAGGAUCCAGAAGGAGGUUGAGCCUCCCUUUCAGGACUGGGAAUUUCCACCAACUGACUCUCAGUUUGCAUGCAGUGGCUCUGGGGCCCCAUUAAUAAGCUUAUCAAGUCUCUGGGUCAUUCCCCAUAACCACCAUCACACCUCCUGCUGACUCUCGUUGCAUACAUAUAACACAGUGACCCUGACAAUUGUCACCGGCUACUGGGGGGUGCGCUUGUUUCAGCAGCUGUUUCCCAUCACUGCCACACACACCCCACAUAACCGUUUCAUUCUACAGGGGCUGUUUUGCAAGGACCUCCCCACCGCCAAUUAUCAUCCCCUCUUUAUCAAGCCUUGACAAGCACUGACUUUUGCCAGCAGGGAUGCUUGAGGAAUUUGAUCUUUUCACAUUCUGAUACAGGCUCACUUGAUCUACAGCUCCUGGACAAAAAUUCAGAUUGGAAUGCAAUUGUGGUGCUGCACUUCUUGGCUCAGAAAAAGCAUCGAGAUCGACUUUAAAACCCCUCUUUUGAGAUUAAAUGCAUUUGGAAACGCGUAUUUUGAGAAACUACUUUAGGGAAUGGCACUUAGCGGUAGAGCAAUCCCCUGGGAGAGAGAGAGCCCUGCCUCAAGCCCUGGAGAGAAACGGUCAUUCAGUAUAGACAAGGCAGCUUCCAAGGCUCCUAAAACUGCUUACUGAAAUGCAAAUCUGGGGGCAUUUUUAAAUGAAACCAGAUUUAUGGGGAAAUGGGGUUCAAUGGACAAUCGGUGAUCACAUGAGAAAAGGAAGUCAGAAAGAAGCUGUGGCAUCCAUCCCUGCUUGCAAGGUGCUUAUUGUGGUAUUUCUGAUGGACAGAAACCAGGAGAACCAGCCAUUUGUGUCUCUUCCCCUUCCCUUUUAUUUGCUGUUUUUGAUCAUCACUUUCCUUUUAUUCUUUUAUUAAGUUUCUUUUACAUGCGCAUAAUUUGGAAUUCUGCAUUGUAUGGAGCUGUUAUAAUAUAAGAAUCUGAGUUC